GCAAGUCCGCCUUGAUGCAACCAAUCGGGAUGCUCCGUUCACCCGGCUCAGUUAUGGUGGACGCGAUGUCUCGGAGAGGGUGAAUAUACCCAAGGGGAAAAGAACUCCCCCCCCAAAACCAAAACAAAACACCAAACACUCCAACAACCUGUAAUAAUUUAUUGAAGCAGGAUGACCGACAGUAACCGGCAGUUCUGGAAGAGGAGUGCCAAACUACCGGGCAGGUUAGAAGGCAAAGCUAAGGCUUUUCGUUUAAUGGAAAACGUAGAGACAUGGGGUUUAAAGAACUAAAAGUUCAAAGAGGAAUUAUGCAGGGUUAAGUAUAUACUGUUGCACGUUAACUGAACAACGUAUUGGGUGAUGUUUUCAAAAUAUAACAUUUUAUUAGUGAAAGUGGAUUCCAUUUUUGGAAUUGUAAGUCAAGUUGCUAAUUUAACUCUGUGUCUCACUGUCACUAGUGCCUAGUAAGAUUUCAAUGGGUCUAGGUCUUUCAUUGCAUGUUUAGGGUGACAAUUGAUCAAUGACACACAGUGUUAAAGGAACAGUUUGGUCACCAUAAAAGCUUUGUGAAGAAUGAGGUUGUUAUGGUGCCAAGUGAUCACUGGUGCUUCCUUACCAUUAGGAGUUAAACCGUUCACGAAUAGAUUAACCCCAAAGGCUGUGUUUCAGCAUUUGAUCGCUCGGCCCCCCUUUUUUUCCGCAAUUCUUCAGAAUGAAAGGCAUGGGUAGCAUCUGGCAGGGGCACAGCUGACACACUGUGCCAAUCGGUAUCUCUUCCUUCAUCAAAAUUGCUUGAAUAAAAAGCUAUGUGCCUACUUCAAGCUGUUUUUAUGAAUGGGGAGCCACUGAUAAGCACAGAUUGUCAGAUGACCGCUCUAAUAGAAUCACAUGCGCACCUGUCAGAUGCUGCCCAAGCCUUCCGUUCUAAAGAAUGAAAGAAAGUGGAGGGAUAGUAGGGCAAAGUGAUCUGGUACUGAAACAGAUUUGUUAGUGAAUGGUUUAAUCCCUAAUGAUUAUGAAGUACCUACCUAGGGUGUUAGUAGUGUUCAUUUAAUUGGUUACAUGUAGAGCAGGACUGAUUAUUUUUUUCUUGUGCCAGCAUUUUACUUGGCUACUUAAAGGACCACUAUAGUGCCAGGAAAACAUACUCGUUUUCCUGGCACUAUAGUGCCCUGAGGGUGCCCCCACCCUCAGGGUCCCCCUCCCGCCCAGCUCUGGAAGGGGGAAAGGGGUAAAAACUUACCUUUUUCCAGCGCUGGGCGGGGAGCUCUCCUCCUCCGAUCCUCCUCUUCUCCUCCCAUGCGGCUGAAUGCGCACGCGCGGCAAGAGCUGCGCGCGCAUUCAGCCGGUCACAUAGGAAAGCAUUCAUAAUGCUUUCCUAUGGACGCUGGCGUGCUCUCACUGUGAAAAUCACAGUGAGAAGCACGCAAGCGCCUCUAGUGGUUGUCAAUGAGACAGCCACUAGAGGAUUAGGGGGAAGGCUUAACCCAUUCAUAAUUAUAGCAGUUUCUCUGAAACUGCUAUAAUUAUGAAAAAAUGGGUUAACCCUAGAAGGACCUGGCACCCAGACCACUUCAUUAAGCUGAAGUGGUCUGGGUGCCUAGAGUGGUCCUUUAAAGUUCUAGAAAGGGGAUAUUUGAACAAUAACAGACAUGAGGGGAAGAAGGCCCUUCUCAAAUGAGCUGACAAUCUCUGAGGACUUGAAUACAUUGUUUUGUAGCUCAUGAGACAAUAUCUAUGGAGACUUUUGCAAGAUCCUCCAUAGACCGUGUUUUACUCUUGCGCAUGUUCGAGAGUACAGACUGAAGCCCCGGGAAGUAAGAAGAAGGCAGUGCUUUUGGGGGACUGCACCUGCACACCAAAUGGCGAUAUCACCAUCGAGGUUCUUUGCAAAAAUAUGCAAAGUUCCCUGAAGGUGACAGACGUUUUAAGUGUGUUACCCAGGGACAUUUAUUUAUGAGGCUAUGUGGCCACGAUUAAAAACCUAUUUUUCCCAGUUCAAAGGCAAUGAUGUUACCACUGCUUUGUUUUUUUUUUCUUUUCAGAACUAAACUUAUGGACAACUUUAGAUAUACAUUUUCAUUUAAUUCAGAGCUGUAGUAAUGAGAUUUUUGCAAAUUUUGGAUAGCUAUCUUAAAGUUAGGUAUUGGUUAUGCUAUUACAUUUUAAAGUUCUCAGUAGUUUAAUUGUCUUGGAUUUACAUGCCCUGAAGAGCACCGUAUACAAAUUAGCUCCAACAUUGCUAUGUUAAAUGCAUGGUGCAUGCAAAUGCUCCCAGAUGGCAUUUCUGUGUAGAUCCCUGUGUGCAAGUGAAAAAGUGCAGAGGCAUAUAAUGGGGCAUUUUUUUUACUUUAGUGCUCUUUUCACUCCUCAGUGCAACAAUAGGGUCAGCCUUACACGUAUCUCUUGUAUAUGUUUAAUCAUUUUAUUUUAAAUGUUGCCAGAAAACUAGGGCGAAAUAUCCUUGACUCUAAAAUGGCAGUCAGAUUUCUCCUUGGAUAAACUUGCAGUUACUCUAAUACUUUUACAGUGAUGUCUUUCAAUAUUCUGUUUUACCAAAUAAGUAGUUUAAAUCGACACUCCAGGCUCCUUAAAGGGACACUAUAGUCACCUGAACAACUUUAGCUUAAUGAAGCAGUUUUGGUGUAUAGAACAUGCCCCUGCAGCCUUACUGCUCAAUCCUCUGCCAUUUAGGAGUUAAAUCCCUUUGUUUAUGAACCCUAGUCACACCUCCCCUGCAUGUGACUUGCACAGCCUUCCAUAAACACUUCCUGUAAAGAGAGCCCUAUUUAGGCUUUCUUUAUUGCAAGUUCUGUUUAAUUAAGAUUUUCUUAUCCCCUACUAUGAUAAUAGCUUGCUAGACACUGCAAGAGCCUCCUGUAUGUGAUUAAAGUUCAAUUUAGAGAUUGAGAUACAAUUAUUUAAGGUAAAUUACAUCUGUUUGAAAGUGAAACCAGUUUUUUUUUUCCAUGCAGGCUCUGUCAAUCAUAGCCAGGGGAGGUGUGGCUAGGGCUGCAUAAACAGAAACAAAGUAAUUUAACUCCUAAAUGACAGUGAAUUGAGCAGUGAAAUUGCAGGGAAAUGAUCUGUACACUAAAACUGCUUUAUUUAGCUAAAGUAAUUUAGGUGACUAUAGUGUUCCUUUAAGUGUUUUUAUGCGUGAAGAGUAUUUCCUUUUUAAAAAUUUAUUUAUUGUUACAAAGCGUGCAAAUAUCAAUGGAAAGUGUUACUUUAUGUAUUCACUUUGUUACACCCACAUGUUGGAUUCUCUUACUUCCUGAUUGUUUUGUUUAGUGGAACCAAUUUUUAAAAAAUGCAUAAUUAAAUGUAUGUGUGUUUUAUUGGUGGUAUAUCUACUAAAUAGUGAUUUUUAUAUUUUGGAAGUGGAGUCCCUUUUAAAUAGGUUACCACUUUAUAUAGUCCUGUUAAUGAGCAGGGAAAUAGAAAGCUGUUUGGAUCUUUCUCCAUGACUAAAAUCUUCAGGUUCCAUAACUAAUUUUGUAGCUUCCCUUCUGUGCAUGGACGACAUACAUAACUUUUGCGUUCCAGGCUGCCUAAGUGUGCCAGGGGUGCAACAAGUCUCAGCACUAAAUAUAAAUAGCUCUGUAUGUGCAGCAUUUCCUACCACGUUGACCACUUAUAAAAGCAGAAGUGGCAAUGGUGGAUGGAGUAACUCUUUAACCAAGUAUCAUUUAGAGUCUAACUUGAGUUCUAUAUCACAAAAUACAUAACUCGACAUUAAAGGAACACUAUAGUUACCAGAAAAAUUACAGCUUAACCCCUGCUAUGCCGUCCUUGGGAACCUGGCUCUAAAUGCAUGCCCACACCGUCCAGGGGACUUAACUGCUCGCCGGCAAUCGCGAUGGGGGGGGCUUACCUGGCAUCCCAGGGAGUCUACCUGCUGCCGUUCCUGCCCUCCUGGGUCAUGUGAUUGCGAGGUCCUUAAGAGGACCUCCCGAUCACAUGGACGAAAUAGCUGUCCAUAUAGGUGCCAGCAGGGGGAAUGCCUGGAAUGACAGGUAAUCCCCCUGCUGCCUGUAAUAAAGUUAAAUCAAGUUCAAACACAGUAUAAAAUAAUAAAUGCUUAGAUCAUAUAUAUAGUGUGUGUGUGAGCGAAGUGUAUGUAUAUGUCUGUAUUUUAAUAUUAAUAUAUAUAAUUUUGUAUAUAUAAUAAAAUAUAUGUAUGUGUAAUUAUAAAGUAAAGUAAAAAAUAUAAAUAUAUAUAUCUCAAACCAUUAUCUGGAAAUCUAUUCAUAAACAGGGCUAUACAUAGGACACAAGGUCACACAUUUAGGCUGGAAGAAAGGAGAUUUCAUCUAAGGCAAAGAAAAGUUUUUUUUUACAGUAAGAGUAAUAAGGAUAUGGAAUUCUCUGCCUGAAGAGGUGGUUUUAUCAGAGUCCAUACAGAUGUUUAAACUGCAAUUGGAUAAAUACUUGCAAAAACAUAAGAUACAGGGAUAUAAUUUCUAAUUAGUGGGGUUACAGUUACAUAGCUGAAAAGAGACUUGCGUCCAUCAAGUUCAGCCUUCCUCACAUUUGUUUUUUUGCUGUUGAUCCAAAAGAAGGCAAGAAAACUCAGUUUGAAGCACUUCCAAUUCUGCAACAAGCUAGGAAAAAAAAUUCCUUCUUGACCCCAGAAUGGCAGUCAGAUUUAUCCUUGGAUCAAGCAGUUAUUACCCUACAUUGAAAGAUUAUAUCCUUGAAUAUUCUGUUUUUGCAAGUAUGCAUCUAGUAGCUGUUUGAACAUCUGUAUGGACUCUGAUAAAACCACUUCUUCAGGCAGAGAAUUCCAUAUCCUUAUUAUUCUUACAGUAAAAAACCUUUCCUUUGCCUUAGACAUAAUCUUCUUUCUUCCAGUCUAAACGCAUGACCUCAUGUUCUACGUAAAGUCCAGUUUGUGACUAGAUUUCCACACAAUGGUUUGUAUUGGCCCCGAAUAUAUUUGUAUAAUGUUAUCAUAUCCCCUCUCAGGCGACGUUUUUCUAAACUAAAUAGGUUUAAAUGUGUUAACCUUUCUUCAUAGCUGAUAUGUUCCAUUCCUUUUAUUAAUUUUGUAGCCCAUCUCUGCACUUUUUCUAGUGCCAUAAUAUCCUUCUUUAGAACAGGUGCCCAAAAUUGCACAGCAUAUUCAAUAUGUGGUCUUACCAGUGAUUUAUAAAGAGGCAAAAUUAUAUUAUCAUCCUGAGAAUUAAUGCCCUUUUUCAUGCAUGACAAUACCCUACUGGCCUUGGACACUGCUGAUUGACAUUGUACAUUGUUGCAUAGUUUAUCUAUAGCAAUUCCCAAGUCCUUUACGUGUGUUGUUAUCCCUAAUUCGCUUCCAUUAAGGGUAUACGUUGCUUGUGUAUUCUUUACGCCAAAGUGCAUAUCUUUGCAUUUUUCAACAUUAAAUUUCCUCUGCCAUUUGAGUGCCCAGUCUAUCUAAAUCCCUCUGCAGCAAAGUAAUAUCUUGCUCACAUUGUAUUAUUUUACAAACAUCUGCAAACACUGAAACAUGACUUUCUUUGAGUUUGAACACUAGUCUAUUGUAUGGAACUGUAUCAAAUGCCUUGGCAAAAUCCAAAUAGAUCACAUCCACUGCAACACCCUGAUCUAUACUUACUUCUUCGUAGAACGCAAUCAAGUUAGUUUGACAUGACCUGUGCUUUGUAAAACCAUGCUGAUUUUUGCUGAUAACCAUGUUCUUCUCAAGGAAUUCUUGAAUAUUGUCCCUUAAUAACCUUUCAAAUAUUUUCCCAGCCACAGAAGUUAAGCUCAUAGGUCUAUAAUUUCCAGGCAAGGAUUGUGAACCCUUUUUGAAUAUAGGAACCACAUCUGCAUUCCUCCAAUCCCCCAGAACACUUCCUGAAAGAAAAGAAUCUUGAAAGAUUAAAAACAGAGGUUCACUUAUUUCUACACUUAGUUCCUUAAGUACUCGUGGAUGGAUACCGUCAGGCCCCGUAGCUUUGUUUAUAUUUUCUUUAGUUGCUGCAGCACCUUGUCUUGAGUUAACCAAUUACAAUUAUUCUGCAAGUUUUUAGUAGCAAUCAUUUGCACAUCUCUUGCCAUGGUUUCUUCCUUAAUGUAUACUGAGGAGAAAUAGUUAUUUAAAUUCCUGCCUUUUCCUGGUCUUCAUUAACCAACACCCCCAUUUCAGUUCUUAGUGUACCUACACUUUAAUUUUUUUUUUAUAAUUUAUGUACUUUGGCUAUAAUUUUUUCAUUUUGAAGUUUAGCAAAUCUAAUCACCUUUUUGCACGCAUUAUUGGCUUCCUUAAAUCUUUUAUAGGAUGCAUCUGAUUUGUCCGAUAUAAAUGCCCUUUUCGUAUUUUUAAUCUCUUGUUCUACUUCUCUACUAAGCCACAUUGGUUUUAAUUUUUCUUUUAUAUUUAUUAACCAAUGGUACAUACUGAGAAAACUGUAAUAGCUGCUUGAUCCAAGGAGACAUCUGACUGCUAUUUUGGGGUCAAGAAGGAAUUUUUUCCUAGUUUGUUGAAAAAUUGGAAGCGCUUCAGACUGGGUUUUUUGCCUUCUUUUGGAUCAACAGCAAAAACAUAUGUGAGGAAGGCUGAACUUGAUAGACGCAAGUCUCUUUUCAGCUAUGUAACAUAUAUAUAUAUAUAUAUAUAUAUAUAUAUAUAUUUAUGUAAUAUUUUUACAUAAUUAAGUCAUUUUAUUAAUUACAAUUUGCGGGACCUGUCUGAAAGUCCAGAGAAUUUUAAAUUGCUAGCACUAUAUUUAACCCUGUAACUUUCCAAGACACCAUAAAACCUGUACAUGGGGGGGUACUGUUUUACUCUGGAGACUUCGCUGAACACAAAUAUUAGUGUUUCAAAACAGUAAAAUGUUUUUCAGCGAUGAUAUCGGUUAAAGUGACGUUUUUUGCAUUUUUCACACACAAACGGCACUUACACUGACUAAUUCUUGUGAUUCGUUUUACGGUUUUCAAACACUAAUAUUUAUGUUCAGCAAAGUCUCCAGAGUAUAACAGUACCCCUCAUGUACAUGCUUUAUGGUGUUUUCAAAAGUUAGUCAAAUAUAAGGCUUGUGUUUAAUUUUUUUCACAUUGAAAUUUGCCAGAUUGGUUACGUUGCUUUGAGAGCGUAUGGUAGCCCAGGAAUGAGAAUUACUCCCAUGAUGGCAUACCAUUUGCAAAAGUAGACAACCCAAUGUAUUGCAAAUGGGGUAUGUCCAGUCUUUUUUAGUAGCCACUUGGUCACAAACACCGCCUUCUUUCCCUGUCAUCGGCUGAAUGCGCAUGCGCGGCAUGAGCCGCGCGCGCAUUCAGCCAGUCCAUAGGAAAGCAUUCUCAAUGCUUUCCUAUGGGCACUGGUGUCUUCUCUCUGUGAAAAUCACAGUGAGAAGCGCGGAAGCGCCUCUAGCGGCUGUCAAUGAGACAGAUGGUCAUGAGUGGUUCACUGGCUUGCAUCUCUUCCUGAGUUGUUUCAAAGCUGUUGUAUACUGUACAGCAAACAAACUCCAAGGAAUAAUGAGGCAAAAAGAUGAUUUUUUGUUGAGCUAAUUUGCAUCUGCUUACCCAGAAUACCUUGCAGUAGUAACAUCACUGCAAACUUGAGAUUUUUGUGGGAAAAGCAAGUCUUAUGGCUUAACUGGUAUAUAUGUGUUUAACAAUGUAUUGAAGUGUGUGUGUGUGUGUGUGUAUGUAUAUAUAUAUAUAUAUAUAUAUAUAUAUAUAUAUAAAUUAAUUAAUUACAGAGAGGGCUGCACUCACCUCAAUAUGCAUACUUACAAGGGUGCCGUUGGGGUCAAAUCAUAUAAAAUCAAGUGCACUCAUUCACUCACUAAACAGCUAUUUCAUUCAAAGUUAACAGAAUGUAAUCAUAUUAUUUAAAAACUCAUUACUUGGCAAAAAAUAAUGGUGGUUUAGUUACAGUAAUGUUAAGGGGUUAAAGACCUUCCAUUUAUCCUCUGCUUUUGCUAGUGAAUAUUUCCUACCAAGCAAUUAGCUGUAAAGAUGGCCAUAUCCUUUUACAACUGUGCAUUUUUGUCAAACCUAUAUACAUAUUAAUUUUUUAUUUUUUUUUUGGGUGGUGGGUUGAUCUCAUAUGAUACAAUUUUAUUAGUCAUCACAGGAUCCAGACAAGCAUCAAUUCUACAUGGUACUUUUUAAAAAUUUAACUGUACAACUAGUCCAUCUGGCCCAGUUAAUGUCUGGAUAAUUAAAAUUUCCAAUUAUUAACAAAUUACCCAGUUGUGUAGCCUUAUUAAUUUGAGAUAGUAGUUGCUCUUCAUCAGUAUUAAAGCGGCACUGUCAUGCCGAACUUACCUUUCUUUAAUAGAUUCAUCUUCUCUCCCUCUGUCAGGAUCUGUUCUUCAUUUCUUCCUGUCUGCUCUAGUAUUCAUUGGCUGCUCACUUUAAAAAACAAAAACAAAACACAAAGUAACAAACAAAAAAAACACCUUAGUGUCCCCCCCCUCCCGAGCCCACAUCCGUGCUGCGCGAGUGGGGGGCUAUUAAACUGAAUGAGGCAUCUAUUGCCCCCACCCCUGAGCGGCUGGUGGGGGUCCUAAAUAACAAUAAGGGGGUGGACCUGUUGUCUCCCCCCCCCCUGAGCAGUGUGUGGGGGCCCUAAAUAAAAAUGGGGGGGGGACACCUAUUGUCCCCCUAGCCCCCACCCAAUGAGCGGUGGGUGGGGCCCCUAUAUGAAAAUGUUAACCUUCCUCCCCCCAGACAGGAAGAAAUGAAGAACAGAUCCUGACAGAGGGAGAGAAGAGGAAUCGAUUAAAGAAAGGUAAGUUCAGCAUGACUGUGACUCUUUAAUUUCUUUUUGCAGGAGAAUCCAGUUACCUCUACUCUCCUUUGCUGGGAGUGUAAGCUAAGCACAAUAAGUGCUGUCCUGUAAAGGAGCUACUUACAUGGGUAAAGACAUCUGGCUUUUCUUGCAGGAGAAACUGUUUGUGGCAUGGGAGAAAGAGAGGAAACAUUUUAUAAAGGUUUGACAAAAUGCAAUGAGAGCAAACUAGGACCCUCCUAGCACUAUAAUAACUACAGAAGGCUGGAUUGUUUUGUUAAAGAGGCACAACAAUAGACAUUUCCUAUACCUUUUUAAAGGGACACUAUAGUCACCAGAACUACAGUUUACUGAAUUUAUUUGGGUGAGUAUAAUCAUUCUCUUCAGACUUUUUGCAGCAAACACACUUUUCAGAGAAAAUGCAGUGUUUACAUUACAGCCUACGGAUAACUCCACUAGCCACUCCCUCUGCAUGGAGACACUGAACUUAGAGAUGCAUUGAUUCACCGUUCUGCUAUGAGGAGAUGCUGAUUGGCCAGGGCUGUGUUUGACUUGUGCUGACUCUGCCCCUAAUCUGCCUGCUUGACAGUCUCAGCCAAGCCUAUGAGAAAGCAUUGUGAUUGGCUCAGAAGAACACUUCUGAUAUCAGCCAAGCAGGCAGAUCAGGUAGCUGUAGACUUUAACAAAUUAGAUUUUAUUAUAUUUAGGAGGGUAAGGGAGGGAGGGGGGUAGUGGUUUUAACACUAUAGGGUCUGAAAUACAUAUUUGUGUUGCUGACCCUAUAGUGUUUAUUCAAAAGCAAACUCUCCUAGCAGCAGCAAGAGACAUUUGUAGUGAAAUGGUUGCUAGCAGGGUUAUUCACUAAACAAAUAAAUAGAAAACCUAAAUGUGAAUUGGGAAAACUGCGUUUAAAAUAGCCAAACUGUGACUACAGCAGAGUUGGAUAAUUAAAUUUUUUUUUAUUUUAUUUUUUUAAAUCUUUCUUAGCCUUGGGUUGGUAAUUCGUGUUUUAAUUUUUUACAUUUCAGAGUGAAUAUUUGUUUUGUUUUAGAGUUGGUGAAUAUCCCUGUGGAUGUCUUAAUUUGAUUUGUUUCUGUUUAACACAGACUCCUUGACUUCACUAGUUUAACUCAACCAGUGCAGUCAGUGGCUGAGCUAUAUGUAAGGUCAUUUUCUCGAAUUAGGUAGGCGUGGUAAAGAAGAAAGGCUUAUGAUGUUGAAUUCUGGAAAACAUUUAUUUAGCAAAAAGAGAAACAAAACACCUGUUAAUCAGACCAAUUGUCGUAGUUGUGUUGUUUCUCAGCAUGACUCUUUAAUUUUCACACACAAAAAAAUGUUUUAUAGUUGCCAUGCAUUUGGGACCAUUAUAUCUGUGGUUUGAUCUUUGUGGUUAUGGUGCUUGGGAUUUUUCUUUAAUGAUUAUAAUCCACUCGCCUUUGUUCAUAUUAUAUUUUCUUCCUUGUGCCUGGAUGUCAAUAGCACAGGCACCUCCAUUUUGUAAUCUGUCCAUGAUGGGCAAAAUGUGCGUUGUUGACUGAAAUGGAGCAUUGCUAAACAACUGUCAUUACUUUCACUUUUUUUAGUUUAAUUUAGUUAAUAUAUUUUUAAAUAAAAAUUUUUUUUUUAAUUUAAAGUAUAUGCAAUUUAUAUUACACACACUGAUUAGCCACAACAGUAAAACCACCUGCCUAAUUUUGUGUAAGUCCCCAUCAUGCUACCAAAACAGCUCUGAGUCAAGGAGUGGACUCCACAAGACCUCUGAACGUGCCCUGUGGUAUCUGGCACUAACCCAUUAGCAGCAGAUCCUUUAAUUACUGCAAGUUUCGAGGUAGGGCUUUCAUGGAUUGGAUUUGUUGUUCCAGCACAUUCCACAGAUGCUCAGUCGGAUUGAGAUCUGGGUAAUUUGGAAGCAAAGGCAACAUGUUGACCUCUCUGUCAUGUUCCUUAAAUCAUUCCUGAAUACUUUUUUGCAGUGUUUCAUGGUGCGUUAUCCUGCUGAAAGAGGCCACUGCCAUCAGAAAACACUAUUCCAUGAAGGGGUGUACAUGGUCUGCAACAAUCUAUAGGUAGGUGGUAUGUGUUAAAGUAACAUCUACAAGAAUCCUAGGACCCGAGGUUUCCCGGCAGAACACUGCCUCUGCCGACCUACUUUCUUCUGAUAGUGCCAUCUCUUUCCCUGGUAAACAACGCAGCUAGCCAUCCACCUGAUCUAAAAGGAAACGGGCUACGGACCAGGCCCUUUUUAAAGGUCCAUAAGCCCCUCCCACAACUUUAGGCCAAACCUUCCAAUUUGUGUUCGGGGCAACAUUGAUUAUGAUAUGAAGUAAGAUUGUUAGCAAACCUGUGAUAGGAAAAAGUUGGUUGAGGUGUGCCGGAACCGACGUAUGCUGUAGGCCAGUAAAUAAAGUGGGGAAAAGGAAUCCAUAUCAUGCUCAAAAUACAUUUGAGUAAAGAACAUAAUACAUUUUAACGAAUGCCCUUCAUAUUUUCUGUCCUGGUUGGGUUAUGUAUAUUGUAUAUGCUGAUGACUUCCAGCGACCUAGAGUUUUAAUGACAUGCACUGGAACGUCCGGGCUUGAUGCCGUAGAUGCGGCCCCUAUCCUAAACCAGUGUCCUGAAUAAAGGCUAAGGUUCAUACCAAGCCUUGUUAACAAUAACCGUACGUAUAACAUGAACUUAGAGGUAGUGAAGAUAACCCGUGAAGUGACAGUAGCGGAAGAGAUGCGAUAUUUGGUACAGUGAGGAGGUAGGAAUCAAAAACCUUCACCGGCACUAUAUAUUAUUCGUGGGAUAGUAUGGAAUGUGGACGGGUUGACCCAGUUUACUCGUUUUGUUCACGGGUAGAGUCAGUAUAUAAUGAUCUUGAUGUUUAAUUAGGUAGGAGCUUCAAAAACAACCUUGUGCGUUGUGUUGGCCACUGAUGGUGAAUUCUAGUGGCCUCAGGAAGCCGUAAAAGGCCAGAUAUAUAGCGGUUUUAAUGACAGCGUUAGUGAGGGGUUCGAAAGGGGCUGAUUCUAGAAAAUCAGACAUAUUUUGGAUACUCUUAAGUAUAGUCUGAUUGGAUAGGAUGAAAGGAAACUGGCGUUGUUGGAAAGUAGAGAAACAUAUGAUGUUGGAUACCAGUCAGGCGUAACUUGAUGGUAUAGUGAGCCUAAAUUGAUGUUGGCAAAAAAAGCAGCGAACACAACCAGAGACAUAACCAACUUUAUGUAAUGAAGGACCACUUACCUGACAUGAAUAGUAAUGGAAAGACUUGAUGACCGCAAUUGCUAGAAGACCAUUAAGGGCACAACUUGAAAUACCUUAGAACCUAGAGGAGUAAUACCGUGUACAUUGAAAUAGCGGAACCUGCCAGACACGUGAGCCCUACGAGGGCUAAUGAAAUGGUUGUAAACCUGUAAGUGACAACCAAUAUAUACCUUGCAAACAAUUGAGGGGGUAACACGAGCGACUUAGACUAAACCAGGUGGCAUGCAUAUGAAAAUACCAGCAUAUGACGUCACCCAUAAAUUAAUAGCAUUAAGGCACGUAGCAAAACUCUAAUAAUGCAGAAACUCUGGAAAGUAAGUGAAUCGUGAACCUGUCAGAUGUAUAAGCCCCUGUUGCCUGAAAAUAAUGGGAUAGACUGAUGAACGUAGAUAAGUGAUUAAUAUAGCGAGGGCCAAGUUGACAAACCAACUUAUAUAGGGGAAAUAAUAGACUAGAAUGGGUUAAGAACCGGAAAAGUAUCAAUAAUGAAGAAAAAAACAAAUUAGCAUUGGUAACUAGUAUCAGUAUCAACAAGAAUAAGUAUCUACAAGGACCAUAACUGUGGACAAUUCAAGCUAACAAGUGUAUGAGAAGCCAACCAACAACCAGUAAUUAGUAUAACUAAACCAAAGUAAACCUUUGUUAGCUGAUGAGUCCCAUGAGGGUCGUAGUUAAUGCAAGUACAGUGACUAUAUAUACAAGUUAGUUUAUAUUUGUGAACCAUAUAUGUAGGCCCAAAUUGGGCUUGACAUGAUUGAUCCAGUCAAUAGCGCCAUGUAGGUAGCUAAGACAUAUAAUAGAAGUCGAUAUGUUCCAGUAAGGGGCCUAAUACCGGAAGCUGAAGAAGGCAUCGCUUUGAAGCUACGUAUUAAUGAAAUGCUGAAUAUGAUAGUAGUAAAAUUCUCCCUGAAAGAACAAACAUACAGUUAGUAGAAACAGAUUAAAUCAGCUGCGGCAGGCCCGUUAUGGCUACUUCUGUGAGUACGAGGUAGGGCCGGCUCAACUUAAAGAUGACAUGUUUUAGUAAAAUUUCACAAUAUGUCUGAUAGAUAAGUUGCGAUGCCACACCUAUGUCCUAACUCACCUAUUAGUGUAAAAACUUUUAGACAGAAAGUCAAUAUCCCGUUGGAUAUAUGAACCUACAGGUGAACAUUCUCAAUAUUGAAUUGCGUUUUGUCGUAUGCGCACGGAGGACCCUGCGAGGGUCAGUGUCCGGUUGAUGACAUGGUUCAACAAUGUAUUUUUAGUCUUUCCAGUCUCUCAUUUAUUUACCCCUUAGCGGACACGAGUGCUGAGAAUGUUGUAUGGAGGUUGGUGUUGCUCGAGCAACUUGUGCCUACUCCAGCAUCAGCAUUGUCCAUGUUGGUACUCAUGAGCCUGAACAGUUCUGCUUUCCCGGCCGUUGCUGGAAAAGGAACGUUGCGUCUGCGUAGCUCAGCCGUAAUACGAGGAAUGGUCCAUGACCUGAUGGAAUCUGAUAGGUGUCACCUUUUCCUGUAGGUUUAGUGGACCAAACUGGAGUACUGGGGAUUGACAUGUCAUCACCUUCUUACAGGGAUCUGAGACAUACUGCAAUAUAUUAAGUAGCUUGGAUCAGGAUCGUUUUACUGGCUGGCUAGCUAGUGCCAAGUGGCAAAGCAAUUCACUAGGUUGGUGACAGGUGGCCCUGCUAGCUGCCAAGUGGCUUGAGAGGCUCUAUUUUUUUUUUUUGGUGUGAGGGGAUUCAUGGCCACCGAACGUUGUGGCGGGGUGUUGGCCUCUUGAUGACAUUUUAAAUCAUGAGAUAGAUUUGGUGUUACAAGUGAGGCCCUCUCUAUGCCACUGUGCUUAACUAUAUUUUUGGCCCAGGGGGCGUAAUACCUCAUGCGUGGAGGAUGGGUGUUGGCCUUGUGGGACCACUAACUCCAAGGCAGAGAUGCCAGAAACUUAACAUCUAUUGGUCACUUGGUCACCUAGAUCCCUAUGAGCCAGUAAAACCUACUCUUUAAAAAGGUCUAUAUUUCGGGGGAGCCAUCGUGGCUAAAAACGUACCUGAAUUUGUAUAAGAAUUCAUGUAGUUUUGUAUGGUAUGGUUGUAACCUGUAACUGAAAUUGACAGUAUCCCCUAAAGGAUGCAGAGAGGGGAAGGAGAGGUCUAUAACCUAUGAAAAGAACUUUAACUGACAAAUGGGUGCGAGGUCUGACAAGCAAAUGAUGCUCCGAAUUGAUAACCUGUAAAAGAAUAUGAUUUGAUAAGACAUAAGGAAAUGGAUGUUAGCAAGACAUCGUGUAUACCACCGUACCCCCAUGUACAGGCCCAAUGGCGUCCCAGAAAGCCACAGGACCAAAUAUCUGCAGACGGGAACUGUAGUGGUAAACCAUGCAAUCAUAUUUUGGGAAAUCUCAAAAUAUGAUUAGACAUGACACAAAUAUGUUUGUAAGCAAAACCGUAUACUGUGCAGAAAUGCAUAUGAAAACAUAGACAGUGUGGCUUAAGGCUUAUCGUCUAUCGUAACUCAUCUAAUAUGUCACAUCGAAGGGAAUACCGGUUUGUGGUAUUAUGAUCAGAUUGAGGAAAUUUUACCGCUACAUAACUGUAAAAUAAUGAUAUCCGUAUGGUAGGUGCCUAUAAAUGUACUACCCAGAACCUAAAACAAGACAUAUUCUUAAUCCAAAAUCUAUAAAUGUUUUCAAUGAAAUGCCUAAACGAGGUGCCGAAUUAACCUGUGGCAGGUUGCCCAUUACAGAACCUUUGGCCGGGCAGAAAAUAAAGUUUAAAGGACCACUCUAGGCACCCAGACCACUUCAGCUUAAUGAAGUGGUCUGGGUGCCAGGUCCUUCUAGGGUUAACCCAUUUUUUCAUAAACAUAGCAGUUUGAGAGAAACUGCUAUGUUUUAUCAAUGGGUUAAGCCUUCCCCCAUUCCCUCUAGUGGCUGUCUCAUUGACAGCCACUAGAGGCGCUUGCGUGCUUCUCACUGUGAUUUUCACAGUGAGAGCAUGCCAGCGUCCAUAGGAAAGCAUUGAGAAUGCUUUCCUAUGUAACGCUGAAUCGGCAGCUCUGCGCGCAUUCAGCCGACUUCGGAGGAGGAGGAGAGCAGAGAGCUCUCCAGCGCUGGAAAAGGUAAGUUUAACCCCUUUUUCCCCUUUCCAGAGCGGCGGAGGGUCAGGGGGCACCCUCAGGGCACUAUAGUGCCAGGAAAAGUAUGUUUUCCUGGCACUAUAGUGGUCCUUUUAAUAACUAGGUAAUAUAAGGGGAUUAAAAAAAAAAAAACAGAUUCGGCCAUGACAGUGCUGCUUUAAGACAUUUGGAAGAUAUUACCCUUUACAGAAAAUAAAGAAUUUUACAUUUAUGUGUACAGUGAAUGUAUAUAAAAGUUUAUAUUUUUUAUUUCCUUUACCAUGUGUAUAGGCCCAAGUUUGGGCCUGACCUAAAUUUAGACAGUUGCUACACCUAGCCACGUAAUUACUAAACAAUGAAGGCUCAGAAAGUGUAUGAAUACCCAGGACAGACAAAGAAAACAUUAAGAUGUAGAGUGAAACUUUAACUUGCAGGGUGACUAAAGUGCAUAUGAUAAAAGUCAAUAUAUGGCCUAGUGAAGGCCAAAUACAGUAAGCAGAACGAGGCUUCUCUGCCAAAUAGAGUAAGCAGCAUGAGGCAUGCUAUGUACGAAAUAGGCUGAAUUUGUGUUACUAGUAAAAUAUGCCUUAUCCGAAUGGCUGAACAGACUAACUUACGGUUUUGUUGGAAAACAACAGUUACAGAAGCCGUGGCUGGGCUGGAUGUAGGCAGUGCCCCAUGAGCUUCUAGUGAGGCGGCUGUUUAUUAGAGUGAGGUAAAGCAAAUACUUGCGUGGGCCACACUAGGCCAAGACCAGCUUGUUUGGACUUAUGGCAGUUUGUGUUGAUGACCUUUUGAACUAUACAAAUAUAUUCGUGGCCAAUACAAACCAUUGUGUGGAAAUCUAUUCACAAACCGGACUUUACAUAAAACACGAGGCCAUGAGUUUAGACUGGAAGAAAGAAGAUUUCGUCUAAGGCAAAGGAAAGGUUUUUUUUACUGUAAGAACAAUCAGGAUGUGGAAUUCUCUGCCUGAGGAAGUGGUUUUAUCAGAGUCCAUACAGAUGUUCAAACGGCUACUAGAUGCAUACUUGCAAGAACAGAAUAUUCAAGGAUAUAAUCUUCAAUGUAGGGUAAUAACUGCUUGAUCCAAGGAUAAAUCUGACUGCCAUUCUGGGGUCAAGAAGGAAUUUUUUUCCUAGUUUGUUGCAAAAUUGUGCUUCAAACUGGGGUUUUUUUGCCUUCUUUUGGAUCAAAAGCAAAAAAACAAAUGUGAGGUAGGCUGAACUUGAUGGACACAAGUCUCUUUUCAGCUAUGUAACUAUGUAACUAUGUAACUGGAAGUAGAUGGAUCUGUACUGAACCAGACCGUCUCAUCACCCUGCAGCUUGUCAGACCAAUCGCGGUAGGGUAGGGAAGGGGGCAGUGCUUUUUAAAGGUCCAUAAGCUCCUCCCACAACUUCAGGCCAAGAUAUAUAUAUAUAUAUAUAUAUAUAUAUAUAUAUAUAUAUAUAUAUAUAUAUAUAUAUAUAUAUAUAUAUAUAUAUAUAUAUCUCUAUAUAUAUCUCUAUAUAUAUCUCUAUCUAAGACCUUUUCGGGUCGAAACGUUGAUCGCUUUGCGCAACACAAAUUCUUUUUGAAAAACCCUCUGGAGUACUCUUCAUUUAACUGUGUGUGUGUGUGUAUAAACACACACACACAGUUGCAAGAAAAAGUAUGUGAACCCUUUGGAAUGAUAUGGAUUUCUGCACAAAUUGGUCAUAAAAUGUGUUCUAAUCAUCAUCUAAGUCACAACAAUAGACAAUCACAGUCUGCUUAAACUAAUAAAACACAAGAAUGAAAUGUUGCCAUGUUUUUAUUGAACACACCAUGUAAACAAACACAGUGCAGGUGGAAAAAGUAUGUGAACCCUUGGAUUUAAUAACUGGUUGAACCUCCUUUGGCAGCAAUAACUUCAACCAAACGUUUCCAGUAGUUGCAGAUCAGACGUAAUUCUUGACCAUUCCUCUUUACAGAACUGUUUCAGUUCAGCAAUAUUCUUGGGAUGUCUGGUGUGAAUCGCUUUGUUGAUGUCAUGCCACAGCAUCUCAAUCUGGUUGAGGUCAGGACUCUGACUGGGCCACUUCAGAAGGCGUAUUUUCUUCUGUUUAAGCCAUUCUGUUGUUGAUUUACUUCUAUGCUUUGGGUCAUUGUCCUGUUGCAACACCCAUCUUCUGUUGAGCUUCAGCUGGUAGACAGAUGGCCUUAAGUUCUCCUGCAAAAUGUCUUGAUAAACUUGGGAAUUCAUUUUUCCUUCGAUGAUAGCAAUCCGUCCAGGCCCUGACACAGCAAAGCAGCCCCAAACCAUGAUGCCCCCACCACCAUACUUCACAGUUGGGAUGAGGUUUUGAUGUUGGUGUGCUGUGCCUUUUUUUCACCACACAUAGUGUUGUGUGUUUCUUCCAAACAACUCAACUUUGGUUUCAUCUGUCCACAGAAUAUUUUGCCAGUACUGCUGUGGAACAUCCAGGUGCUCUUGUGCAAACUGUAAACGUGCAGCAAUGUUUUGUUUAGACAGCAAUGGCUUCCUCUGUGGUAUCCUCCCAUGAAAUCCAUUCUUGUUUACUGUUUUACGUAUUGUAGAUUCGCUAACAGGGAUGUUAGCAUUUGCCAGUGAUUUUUGUAAGUCUUUAGCUGACACUCUAGGAUUCUUCUUCACCUCAUUGAGCAGUCUGCGCUGUGCUCUUGCAGUCAUCUUUACAGGACGGCCACUCCUAGGGAGAGUAGCAGCAGUGCUGAACUUUCUCCAUUUAUAGACAAUUUGUCUUACCGUGGACUGAUGAACAGCAAGGCUUUUGGAGAUACUUUUAUAACCCUUUCCAGCUUUAUGCAAGUCAACAAUUCUUAAUCGUAGGUCUUCUGAGAGCUCUUUUGUGCGAGGCAUCAUUCACAUCAGGCAAUGCUUCUUGUGAAAAGCAAACCCAGAACUGGUGUGUGUUUUUUAUAGGGCAGGGCAGCUGUAACCAACACCUCCAAUCUCAUCUCAUUGAUUGGACUCCAGUUGGCUGACAUCUCACUCCAAUUAGCUCUUGGAGAUGUCAUUAGUCUAGGGGUUCACAUACUUUUUCCACCUGCACUGUGAAUGUUUACAUGGUGUGUUCAAUAAAAACAUGGCAACAUUUCAUUCUUUGUGUGUUAUUAGUUUAAGCAGACUGUGAUUGUCUAUUGGUGUGACUUAGAUGAUGAUCAGAUCACAUCACAUUUUAUGACCAAUUUGUGCAGAAAUCCAUAUCAUUCCAAAGGGUUCACAUACGUUUUCUUGCAACGCUAUCUAUCUAUCUGUCUAUCUAUAUCCAGCAUAGAAUGGCUGCUCACCGGUCUUAAAAUAUAAAUGCUUUAUUAAAUAAAAUGAAAAAGACCAACGUUUCAGCCCCCGAUCGGGACUUUCUUCAGGUCAAUAACAGGACAACUGAAACAGGACUGGGGACUGAAACUUUGGUCGUUUUUCAUUUUAUUUAAUAAAGCAUUUAUAUUUUAAGACCAAUGAGCAGCCAUUCUAUGCUGGAUUUGUAUUAUUGUAGCUCAGGCUAUUGCACUCGGCACUGAAGGAGUUAAAGUAUGAUUGCAGGGGAUUUGUUCCUUUAACCCCAUAACGACGAGUGACAGACAAGGACCUCAUCCGUCACCCGUUAAAAUUAACCCCGGAUCGCCGCUAUUCCGGCGAUCGCGGGGAUAAUGGUGCUCCAGUCUGCCUCUGUAUUAGAGGCAGACUGGGAACACCCGAUCAGGCUGUCAGAGCGAGCACAUGUGCUCAGUAUACUUACCUUCCGCCUCCCUGCACUUCCUGGUUCUGUGUGAAGUGCAGGGAGCCAGAACAGUGAUAUGUAAAAAAAAAAAAAAAUUUUAUUUAAAAUCCCACCCCCCUUUUACCCAUUUUAAUAAAUUAACCCCUUCCCUGCUAAUUGAUCACUGACUACAGUGAUCAAAAUUAUACUGUGAUCUAAUUUUUUUUAACCCCUGAGGAUUAACUUUUAUUUAUUUUUUAACCCUCAGUGGUUAAAUUUAUUUAAUUUAAAUAUUUUAUUAUAUAUUUUGCUAGCUGGGGUGGGUGGGAGUUAUGGGAAAAUUGGGAAUUUACUGUUAGUGCUGCUUACUGCUAGUUAGGGGUUAACGGUAAAAAAAAAAAGCUUAGAAAAAUGUUAACUCUGUAAAAAAAAAAAAAGUUUUAAGAAAGUUUAAAAAAAAUUAAUAAGCAAAACAAAAGUUUCAAAACUAGUUUUUAAAAGUAAAAAGUUUCAAAAAGUAAAAAAAUACAUUUAAAAACGCUCAUUACCACUGCACCUGGAACAAACUAGAGAAAAAAUGAUCCCACGCUAAGGUUCAAAAUAUUCUUUAAUAAAUAGUAUGUGUUUGUGUGGAAGUUUCAAUAACCAACCAUCUAAACUACUCUACAACUGAAUAGCUGCGUCUCAAAUGUGCCCUUCAACAUCCACAUAUACCUGGCAAUGGUACAUACUGGGGUAUUGCUGUACUCAGCUGACAUAGCUGAACAACAUAUGAAGUAUUAUACACUGGUAGCACACAUAAGGUUUGCAAAAUAUACUGUGCAAACUCACUUUGUGUGUCAAAAAGGCUACAUUCGGUACAAGCUAGCGGAAAAAUUAUCUCACGCUAAGGUUCAAAAUAUACGUUUUGAAAUACCCUGGGGUGUCUACUUUAAGAAAUGGUAGGCCUUUGUGGGGUAGUUUGAAUUUAAACCCUGCUAAGAUGCUUGGAAAUUGCACAUAGGCCCAGCGUCAAAAUUCAAAGUUUGGUAAAAACUGAUAUGGCUUGGUCUCCUAUAUGGCACUGUAGCUUCACGAAAUAGUGCCAAAGACAUACAAUGGGGGUGUCAUUUUACUCAGCAGAUGUAACUGAACACAAAAUAAAACUUUGUACAGGAAUAGCACACACCAACUUUACAAAAUACAUAUGAGAAUUUCUUUGUUAUAAGUUUGUGCGCCAAAAAUAAAAACCCCACAAUUUUACGCCAAUAUUUAGCAGAGGUUGGCGGUGAAAUGGCUAUGUAGAAAGUGUCAAAACAACUCUAGGUAAAUAGCCUGUGAUGUCUACUUUAUAUAAAUAUAUACUUUUGUGUGGCAAUUUUGUUUUCUUUUAUGGCUAUUAAAGGACCACUAUAGUGCCAGGAAAACAUACUCGUUUUCCUGGCACUAUAGUGCCCUGAGGGUGCCCCCACCCUCAGGGACCACUUCCUGCUGGGCUCUAGGGUGAGAAGGGGGUUAAAUUUAACUUUCUCCAGCGCCGGGAGGGGAGCUCUCCGCCGCCUCUCCGCCUCCUCUCCUCCUCUUCUGCUGAAUGCGCAGGAGCCGCGCACGCAUUCAGCCAGUCCAUAGGAAAGCAUUCACAAUCUUCUCACUGUGAAAAUCAAGAGACAGCCACUGGAGGCUGGAUUAACCCUAAUAUAAACAUAGCAGUAUGUUUAUAGAAAAAAGGGUUAACCCUAGAUGGACCAGGCACCCAGACCACCUCAUUAAGCUGAAGUGGUCUGGGUGCCUAUAGUGGUCCUUUAAGCUUACAAGACAAACAUACCAAAUUCUAAAAUCGCUCCACAUUAAAAUUUUAUUUUACUCCUUGUGCUUUGUGACCUGUAACUACCAAAAAAACCUUAAAAUCCCAGACAUAUAUAUUCUGUAAAUCAGAACUAAAUGAAUUUUUUAAUUACUUUCCUUAACCUGCACUAAUUAUGCACACAUUAUUCUUGCAAAAACUGUAAAAAACAAAACAAAAAACUUUUCAUUUGUUUUGCAUUUUUCUGUAUUUUUUUUAUAAUAAUAAUAAAAAAAAAUAAAAAUAAUAUAUAUAUAUAUAUAUAUAUAUAUAUAUAUAUAUAUAUAUAUAUAUAUAUAUAUAUAUAUAUAUAUAUAUAUAUAUAUAUAUAUAUAUAUAUAUGUGUGUGUGUGUGUGUUACAUCAAAUUAAAGCCCUUUCUGUCGGUGCAAUAAAUGAUUAAAAUGCAAAUUGCAGUUGAACGCAAACCGCAAAAUUUUUUAAAAAAUGCUGUUGUCCUUAAGUGAAAGACAAGCUCUGUCCUUAAGGGGUUAAUAAAAACUAAAUAUUAAAAAAAAAUAUAUAUAUAUAUAAAAUCUAUGUAUAUAUAAAUAAAAAUAAUUUCAUAAACUGGUUUUUUUUGCCUUCUUUUGGAUCAACAGCAAAAAACAAAUGUGAGGUAGGCUGAACUUGAUGGACGCAAGUCUCUUUUCAGCUAUGUAACUAUGUAAUAAAUAUACACAUAGACUUUAAAUAUAUAAAUAUGUAUAUAUAUAUUUAAAUUCUACGUGCAUAUUUAUGUAAUAUUUUUACAUAAGUAAUUUUGAUUGCAAAUGGAGGGACCUGCCUGACAACCCAGGCCGAAAGUCCAGAGAAUUUAAUUUGCUAGCACUGUAUUUAACCCUGUAACUUUCCAUGACACUCGAAAACCUGUACAUAGGGGGUAUUGUUUUACUCUGGAGACUUUGCUGAACACAAAUAUUAGUGUUUCAAAACCGUAAAAUAUAUCAUAGCAGUGAUAUUGUCAGUGAAAAUGAUGUUUUUUGCAUUUUUACACACAGACAUCACUUUCACUGAUGAUAUCCAUUGUUGUGAUGUGUUUUACGGUUUUAAAAAACACUAAUAUUUGUGUUCAACGAAGUCACCAGAGUAUAACCGUACUCCACACCUCCCCCCCAUUUACAGGUAUUAUAGUGUUUUUGAAAGUUACAGGGUCAAAUAUAAGGCUUGAUUUUCAUUUUUUUCAAAUUGAAAUUUGCCAGAUUGGUUAUGUUGCCUUUGAGAGCAUAUGGUAGCCAAGAAAUGAGAAUUACCCCCAUGAUGACAUACCAUUUGCAAAAGUAGACAACCCAAAGCCUUGCAAAUGGGGUAUGUUCAGUCUUUUUUACUAGCCACUUGUAACGGCACCCCCAGGCAUAAAAGGGGUUAACAGCCGUUUAGGAGAUAUUCCCUUCCAGAUAUACAGGCAGCUACUGAAGACACCAAUCACCCGAACAGGAAACCAUAUGAAUGCAGUAAACAGCCAAACCGGAACCAUACGAAUGCUGUAAACGGCCGAAUAGGAAAAACCAUACGAAAGGUUUACACUCCCAUCAGUCUAAUUGGAACAGCAUGCAAUAAAUCCCCCCAAGAACGAGACAAAGCUCCGUGUUGAGGGUCAAGCAGUGAUCAGACAGUGCUGUGGGUUUAUGGUUCUUAUAUACACAUUCUUACACAUUAGUACCACCCACGGGGUUUUGUAAAACAACCAAUAAACACGUACAAUACACUCAGACACUCCCACACAAAAUCCUCCCCUCUGCCUGUGAUACAAUUUCCUUACACAAUGGGUUAAUGUAAUUGUCACAGGCAGAGAAAUACAGUUUUUCCACAUUAUUCUUAACUUUAAAAGUAUACAUCACAUUCACAUUUUCAUAAUCCGCAUACUCCAAAUACAAACAUAUGUCAAAAUCAUCCAAAUUGGUCCAGUGGUUGGUUAGAUAGAUAGAUGGAAGUCCUUUGUGAGCAAAUGAAGCAUGGCUUUUCUGCCCAAAACCAGUUCCACAGAGUCUUCUAUCCUGGAGAUAAUUGUGAAGUAAUCCAUUUAUCUCCAAGGACAGAGGAAAAACUCCAUUGAACACAUGGUAGCAAAAGACAAUAAAAUACAUAAAAAUAUUUAACUGUGCAGCUAUUGCAUUAAAGGACCACUAUAGUGCCCUGAGGGUGCCCCCACCCUCAGGGACCCCCUCCCAGCGGGCUCUGAGGAGAGGAAGGGGUUAAAAUCUUACCUUUCUCCAGCGCCGGGCGGGGAGCUCUCCUCUCCACCUCUUCUCCUCCUCUUCGGCUGAAUGCGCAUGCGCUGCAGGAGCUGCGCGCUCAUUCAGCCAGUCUCAUAGGAAAGCAUUCAUAAUGCUUUCCUAUGGACGCUUGCGUCUUCUCACUGUAAUUUUCACAGUGAGAAGUACGCAAACGCCUCUAGCUGCUGUCAAUGAGACAGCCACUAGAGGCUGGAUUAACCCUAAUAUAAACAUAGCAGUUUCUCUGAAACUGCUACGUUUAUAAAAAAAAUUGGUUAACCCUAGCUGGACCAGGCACCCAGACCACUUCAUUUAGCUGAAGUGGUCUGGGUGCCUAGAGUGGUCCUUUAAACAGGUACAUUCAACAAAUCCCCAGAUAGCUUACAUCUGAGCGCACAUUAUUACUGAAUGGCGCUCAGAUCACAUACAUACAGUUCAAUUGCCAUGGAGUAAAAGUCUUUCCCAUAGUUUUUCAUUAUACGAAUGGGCUCCAUGGCAUAGCUAUCUGGGGUAUCACUGUUCAAAUAGGGCAAGUACUGAAUGACCCAGCUUUCGUGUCUUUGCAGGGGAAAAUCAAGCUAACUUUGGCCAGUGUUUGGGAGUAAGUGGAUACUAAAAAAAGACUGGACAUACCGCAUAUUGAAUACCCUGGGUUUGUCUAAUUAAAAAAAAUAUGUACAUGUGAGGUGUGAUUCAGAGAUUUAUGACCGGUAACAGUGUUACAAUGUCACUAUUGAUAAAUUUUAAAAGUAUAUAUUUUGAAACGGCAGUGUCCUACUUGUACUUAUAGCCCUUUAACUUGCAAAAAAAAAAAAAAAAGCUAAGAACAUGUUAACAUUGAGUAUUUCUAAACUCAGGACAAAAUUUAGAAACUAUUUAGCACAGGUGUUUUUUGGCGGUUGUAGAUGCGUAACAGAUUUUGAGGGUCAAAGUUAGAAAAAGUGUGGUUUUUAAAAAAAACUAAAAACUUCCAUCAUAUUUUUUACAAUUUUUAUAGUAAACUAUAUGGUUUGAUGAAAAUAAUGGUAUCUUUAGAAUGACCAUUGUUUCAGAUUUAGGAUUAGGGUCAGCACGGGCAUACCUUACCAAAUACACCAGACACCAGUGGGAGAAUCCUUCUAACACCAUUGCUAAAGUUGGGAUUGAGAUUUAGGAUUAAGGUUUUAAUUGGGGUUAAACAUGGGAUUAGGGUAUGGAUUAGGAUUGUGGUGAGGUUUAUGAUCAGAUUUAGGGCUAGAUUUGGGAUUAGGAUUUGGUUUAGGAUUAGGGAUUUAGAUUGGGAUUAAGAUUGCUACUUUCCAAAGAUUAUACAUAUGGGGGUAUAUUUGUACUCAGAAAAUGUUGCUAAGUACAGCUAAGAUAAUUUUAUGACAGUGGGACACAUUUUUAAUAAAAUAAGCAUAAAAAAUACUAUGUGUAUGUAAAAAUAAUUCACCACAAACUUUGAAACAAAAUGGAAACAAAAUGUCACUUCAAUAAAGCUUAUAAUAUUUCAUGUGAGAGUCCCCAUGGUGUCCACUUUUGCAAAUGGUAUGCAUCGGUAGCGUAAUUUAAAUAUAUGUGCAACUAAAAUGCCCCAAAAUUAACCAAAGACCCAUCAUCCAUUUGCCAUUUAUUUAAAAAACUGUGCUGGGCUGGAUAUAAUGUUAGCCCUCUAUUUUCACAAAAAACUGACUUAGGUAUACAAAGGGUGUAAUUUUGUACUCCGGAAAUAUAGCUGAGAAUAAUUUAGUGAUUUUUAUUACAGUAGCAUAUCAAGUUUCCAAAAUUAACCACUAAAAUGCAACGUGUGUACAAAAAUGCAAAAAUAAAACAAUACGAUAAAAUUUGUUUAUUUUAUUUAGGUGCUAAAAUAACUGUAUUAAAAAAGCCCUAAAUAUACCAUAUGACAUAGCCCGCUGUGUCUACUUUCACAAAUGGUAUGCAUUUAUGGCGUAAUUUAAACUGUCAAACUGCUACAUUGCUCUAAAAUGAGACAUAGACACAUCAAUCCAUCUAUCGUGUGAAAGCAGAGCUCCGGAGGGAAUUCAGGGCAAUCCGCAAACAUCGGGCGCAUCAAUCAACAUGGGACACCCCAAAAAGAGUAUAGCACUCUCCCAUCCCCACGCUAAGCAAUCCGGAGCAAAAUCCAGCGCAAUUGAGCAAAUUCUUUAAAGACAACGCGGCACAUCUUGGUGUAGAGCCAGGCCCAAAGAUGGCGCAGGAACCUCACUCUGAUCACUCCUCGCCUCCCCUGAGCCCAGCCGUCUCAGACAGCGCAUCGACGACCUUUGAUGCUGACAUCAAGGAAUUAAUCAAAAAUCUACCUACAAAACAGCACUUUGCAGCCAUGAUCCACAAACUAGAAACAGCGAUUCAAAAAAAAAAACUAGACAACAUGGUGCGGGAAAUCAAGCGGGUGGAGGAACGAGUUGAGGCCAUGGAGGACAACCAAGACCACGCUCUGCAUUGUGGGGAUGUUUUACCUCUGUGUGCCUGUCAUUGGUUCAUGUCUGUCCUUUGUCACAGUCUCCCAUUUGGUCCCCUAGGGGAGUGUCUACCAGGUGGGAGACCUGCAUAAAUACUGGGCAGGUAGCCCUCAUUAAACCAGACCACUGCUUGACCGUCAAGUCUUGUCUCGUCUUUGGGGGGAUUUACUGUAUGCUGAUAGAGACUGAUUGCUAGGAGUGUAAGCCGCUUGGGUGUUUUUCCUAUUCGUCUGCUAGCAGCUAUUUGUGAGGUUUCAGUUCGGGAGUUUGGAGUGCUAUAUUGUAUGCAGUUCGGGAGUUUAGAGCAUUCCCUUAUAUGCAGUUCGGGAGUUUGGUGUUCUGCAGUAGCUGUGCCUGUAUCUCUGGAAGGGGAAGAUCUACUAAACGGCGGUUUAACCCUUUUAUGCUGAGGGUGCCGUUUCAGAAGGAUUGCCCACUUCCCUCCUGAUUAAGAAAACCCCUGCAUUCCUGGAUAUUGCCAUCAAACUGUAGGGAUGGUGAUAAGCAGAUGCUAGGAGUCAUAUUAACAGUGGGUGGAGGUACACAGGGUAGAGGUGCUAUAGGAGGAGACGCUGCAGAUGCUCCGUUCUAGCGAGAAGCGUACUUAAAGCCUGAGUGAAUUGAUCCAUGCGGUGAUCAUUCUCCUCUAAUUUCCUCUCGCAAGCAGCUAUGUGCUGACACAGUUCUACAGGAUCUAUGGCCAUGUCGUAAUGUCAGGAUUACUGUUUGAUCCAGCACGUAGAACUGUACAGCACGGAUGACAAAUAAGUAACGUAUUACCGGUCCUUAGAAUGGCCGGAUUUAACGUACAAAGAAUAGUCAAAAAUACUAGCCGAGGUCAGGGAACACAGAAAGGGACACAGCGAUGAGGAAAGCCAGGAGUCAGGAUACCAGAAUAUAGAGAAGUCAAUAAACAAAGCCAAAGUAAAAAACCAGGUAGAAAACUAUAAACAGGAACGCGCUCUCGGACAACCACAAGGGAAACCACGACAGGGCACUGAGCAGGCUGAGAACUGGGCCUAAAUACCCCUCCUUUCUUUCUGAUAGGCUGUAACCGGCCUUUGACCCCAAAGUCAGUUACCAGGUUUCAUUUGCAUAAUUGCUGCUCAGCAUUAACCCUUCUGUGGAUUAGGUUGCUGCUCGGCACAACUUUUCCUGUGUGGACAGUAAAUGUCAUUAACCACAUUUCUAUAAGUGGAUGAAUACGUGACACCAGGUAUCAUAUGUAAUCCAUUUGAGCUGGUUGAGCGUUCCUGACAUCGAGGGGUACCAUAAUGCUACAAUCCUUUCUCGUAUAUACGACUGGAUAGACCCUCAAGACCAAAAGCAGUGGGUGCAGAUAGAAGCAGCUAGCUUCAUGGUGGACCCCAGAACUAUACCAUGGCCCAAGCCCAACAUAAACUUUCUUUACCCAGGCCACACAGAUCACCAUACCAUAAUACCCACCUUAAAAUGCUGGAAUCGCCUCAGACAAGGCAAACGCAUUGCUCCACAUCCCUCCCCGCUUUUCCCAAUAACAGGGAACCCGCAAUUCCCUCCUGGCCGACAACAAUACGCCUUCCGGGACUUUGGGACCCAAUACGGACAAUUACACCUAAGUGACGUGAUAAAUGAGAAGGGUAUCCUGCCACUUACGGAACUUGUACACGCCCCCACACACUUCACCAUGCAAAAAUUCAGGUAUACGCAACUCUCACACUACCUCCAGAUGCAAUCAGACCUUUGUCUGGGACAUAGGCCUCUGACCACAUUUGAAUCCUUAUCCACAACUAGGACCCUACAAAAGAAACACAUCACCAUUUUCUAUAAAAUCUUACAAUCAAAAACAAGCUAACAUAUCCCGGAAUUUACGAAAGCUUGGGAGAAAGACUUACAGAUUACCUUAACCCAUGUUAAUUGGGGCAAAAUAUUUAAAAACAUCUUUAAAUCCUCUAGCAACACCAAUACACAAGAGAGAAAUUAUUAGCGAAUUUCCAGAUGGCACCUCGCCCCGACCAGGAUUCACAAAUUCUCCCCUAGUACUCCUAAUGUCUGCUGGAGAUGCAAAAUUGAAAUAGGGACCCCUGGCCAUGUAUGGUGGGCAUGCAACAUAAUACAAACUUACUGGGGUAAAAUCUUUAACAUAAUUAAUCUUAUAACAGGAUAUAAGCUACCAAUAACGCCUGAAGCACUUGUAUUUAUGCUUUACCCUACCCCUCUAACAAAAUCAACCCGGAUCCUGAUAAAUCAGCUACUCACAGCAGCAAAUUGCUUAAUACCCACCAAAUGGAAACAAAGCAACCCCCCGACCAUUAGGGAAUGGCUAACUAAAGUAGACUCCAUCAGACAGAUGGAAGAGCUUUCACAUUCAGGCUUCAUUUGCAUAAUUGCUGCUCAGCAUUAACCCUUCUGUGGAUUAGGUUGCUGCUCGGCACAACUUUUCCUGUGUGGACAGUAAAUGUCAUUAACCACAUUUCUAUAAGUGGAUGAAUACGUGACACCAGGUAUCAUAUGUAAUCCAUUUGAGCUGGUUGAGCGUUCCUGACAUCGAGGGGUACCAUAAUGCUACAAUCCUUUCUCGUAUAUACGACUGGAUAGACCCUCAAGACCAAAAGCAGUGGGUGCAGAUAGAAGCAGCUAGCUUCAUGGUGGACCCCAGAACUAUACCAUGGCCCAAGCCCAACAUAAACUUUCUUUACCCAGGCCACACAGAUCACCAUACCAUAAUACCCACCUUAAAAUGCUGGAAUCGCCUCAGACAUGGCAAACACAUUGCUCCACAUCCCUCCCCGCUUUUCCCAAUAACAGGGAACCCGCAAUUCCCUCCUGGCCGACAACAAUACGCCUUCCGGGACUUUGGGACCCAAUACGGACAAUUACACCUAAGUGACGUCAUAAAUGAGAAGGGUAUCCUGCCACUUACGGAACUUGUACACGCCCCCACACACUUCACCAUGCAAAAAUUCAGGUAUACGCAACUCUCACACUACCUCCAGAUGCAAUCAGACCUUUGUCUGGGACAUAGGCCUCUGACCACAUUUGAAUCCUUAUCCACAACUAGGACCCUACAAAAGAAACACAUCACCAUUUUCUAUAAAAUCUUACAAUCAAAAACAAGCUAACAUAUCCCGGAAUUUACGAAAGCUUGGGAGAAAGACUUUCAGAUUACCUUAACCCAUGUUAAUUGGGGCAAAAUAUUUAAAAACAUCUUUAAAUCCUCUAGCAACACCAAUACACAAGAGAGAAAUUAUUAGCGAAUUUCCAGAUGGCACCUCGCCCCGACCAGGAUUCACAAAUUCUCCCCUAAUGUCUGCUGGAGAUGCAAAAUUGAAAUAGGGAUCCCUGGCCAUGUAUGGUGGGCAUGCAACAUAAUACAAACUUACUGGGGUAAAAUCUUUAACAUAAUUAAUCUUAUAACAGGAUAUAAGCUACCAAUAACGCCCGAAGCACUUGUAUUUAUGCUUUACCCUACCCCUCUAACAAAAUCAACCCGGAUCCUGAUAAAUCAGCUACUCACAGCAGCAAAUUGCUUAAUACCCACCAAAUGGAAACAAAGCAACCCCCCGACCAUUAGGGAAUGGCUAACUAAAGUAGACUCCAUCAGACAGAUGGAAGAGCUUUCACAUUCCCUGGCUAACACAUAUGACGAGUUUGUUAGCCUUUGGUCGCCAUGGGACCAAUAUAUCAAAGACUAUAGCCAAGACAAUACGCCUAUACGAAGGAGACCCCCUUGAAUACGAGAGUCCCGACACAAGGACUCCCUACAAUACCAGCAGUUAGAAAUAGCACAAUCAGCCCAUAUUAACCACAUCAUAGGCAUAGCCAGUAGUCAUGAUAGAAUCUGGUCUUAUGCCUCACCUGCCGACACACACAAGCGCCACCCGACCAGUAACGACAAAUCACCUAAUACCAGACUACCCCAACUCUUGUCAAGUCCGAGAAUCUAAAACACCUCAGGCCUAAAUUGUCCAGUUACACAAUUGGCAUCACAAGUCAAAGGUAUAGACAUAUAAUUUAAGCAAGCAUAAUUAUGGGUGUUUGAUUACAGUGGCACAUACCAGACUUGAAAAAUGACCAGCAAAAAAUUUAACGUGUAUGUAAAAAAUAAAUAUAUAUAUAUAUAUAUAUAUAUUUUACCACAAAGUGUUGAAAAAAUACCAUCACGUUAAGGCACAAUAUGAGACACUAUAGUGUCUACUUUCACAAAUGGUAGGCCCUUGUGGUGUAAUUUCAACAAACUCCUACAAUGCCCCAAAAUGAGACUUUUUCUGGCACUAUAGUGCCCUGAGGGUGCCCCCACCCUCAGGGACCCCCUCCCGCCCGGCUCUGGAAAGGGGUAAAACUUACCUUUUUCCACCGCUGGGCGGAGAGCUCUCCUCCUCCGAUCCUCCUCUUCUCCUCCCCGUCGGCUGUAUGCGCACGCACCCAUGGGUCAUGUGUACGCCACUGCUUCACAGGAUAGGGGCAAAGGUAUAGAUUGGGGAUAUCAUGUACUCAGUACAUGUGGCUGAACACAAUAAGGUGUUUUCUACAGCAAUAGUAACAUCAGGUUUAUGAAAUACACAUUAAAAAACCUUGUUUAAUGUGUGUGUUAAAAAUCUAAAACCCCCCCCCACAAUUUUACUACUAUAUUUAGCAGAGAUUGGCGGCGAAAUGAAAAAAGUGUCAUAAUAACCUUAGAUAAAUAACCGGUGAUGUCUGCUUUAUAUACAUAUAUACUUUUGUGCAGCAGUUUUGUUUUCUGUGAUGGCUAUUAAGCUUACAAGACAUACAUACCAAGUUCUAAAAUGGCUCCACGUUACAAUUGUAUUUUACUCCUUGUAUUUUGUGACCUGUAACUUUCAAAAUACGCUGAAAUCCUAGACUUAUUAUGUACUCGGAAAAUCCGAACAAUUGAAUUUAUUUUGAAUUACUUUCCUUAAGCUGCACUUAUUAUACACGUUAUUAUUGUCUAAACUAUGAAAACAAAUUGUAUUUAUUUAUUUUUUUUGCAUUAUUUUUAUAAUAAAUAAGAAUUGAUAUAUGUAUAUGCCACAUCUGAUUAGAGCCCUUUUUAUCCUAUAAAAAAUUGUAUAUAAUAUGUAUUGGUGCAAUAGAUAAAAAAAAAUACAAAAGUUGCUUGUAGGGUAAGUCCAGUUUUUGAAGUUGCAUCCUUAAGGGGUUAAUUGUCCUAGUUCUGAACCAAAACAAAACAUAGAAUUUGAGCUAUACGUCUAUUCAUCCAUAAAUUACCUUUUUUCAUAUUAAGUGCACCCACACUUAUUAUAUAUUUUGUUUAGGAGAAAUAGGGCUUUAAUUUCACAUCAAAUAUUUAUAUAUGAAACGAUUUGUAUAAAUAAAAGCUGAAAAGGAGAAAUUAAAGUUUAUUUUUAAAGUUCUGCUUUGGAUAUCUGCCAAACUUUACCUUUCUUUAAUUGAUUCCUCUUCUCUCCUUCUCUCAGGAUCUGUUCAUUUCUUCGUGUCUACUCUAGUUUUCUUUAAAACCUAAGUGAAGUAGGGACUAUUUGUCUUAUGGAGGUUUCCUACGCCUGACCAUCUCUAACCAGUGGAGGAGCAAAGUGUGCUUAAUUUCCGGUGGUCGGAGCAAUUUUCCCACAAUUCUCACCUUUCCCGCGAAGCCUCCUUUCAUUUUUCCCGAACGUCCUGUCAUUUAGACAGAACGCCGACGAAACUACUGAAUUGCGUCCUCACAGAAUGAAAACCGUUUCUCCAUUCGUGUUAGGACGCAAUUUGGGACUUGGUUCGGAUCAGAAUUUCAUUCGAAUGAAUGACACUCCAAUCCUAUUCGUGCCACGGCAUCAUCUUGCAGCCGCUUAGUAGUUAACUCUCUAAUUACCACAGUAUCAGGGAGCGCUCUACCAAAAGGCUGAAAGACAUAUUGGUCUUUCAUCCAAAUUUACUAAUGCUAAGUAAAGAUUACUUAGUAUUAGUAAAUUCUGCCCCUACUCGCUAUACCGAGACCCACUUACUUUUAAUGCAUAUUUAAAAAAUGAACACCAUGGCAAUCUGCUUUAGAGGCAUACAAUUGGCACACCAUGGCAAUCUGCUUUAGAGGCAUACAAUUUGCAUACUAUAGCAAUUAGCUUUAGAUGCAUACAAUUGGCACAGCAUGGCAAUCUGCUUUACAGGCAUACAAUUGGCAAUCAGUUUUAGAGACAUAAUUUAGCAUAUUAUGGCAGUUUUAGAGGCAGAAACUUGGCACAUCAUGGCAAUCUGUUUGAGGCAUAUAACUGCUUACUCCAUAGACUGUCAGAAACAGAAGUGCUGCGCCGCUCUUUCAUCCAGGCACCUCACGUUGAUUAUCCCAGUGGUGGAACUAAUGUAGAGAGGGCCCUGGUGCAAGUAUGUUUUUUGGGCCCCCCUGUAGUGCAAGUGUGGCCAAAAGGUAGCCAUCUGCUGGGGAUCUGCGCAUCGUUGCAGGGUUCUAUUUGUGAGUAGUGUUUGAGCGUUUGAAUGUAAGCAUGUUUUUGUAUUAAGUAUAGGUGUGCAUAUAUUGGUAUAUUUAUGUGUUGUUCCCAUUGGAAUGUAGUGGUGUACUUGUUAGUAAUGUUUGCGUCUGAAUGCAGGGGUGUUUGUCAGUAGUGCUGGACUUCAAAUGCAGAUGUGCUUUUUGUGUAGUAUUUGUGUUUGCAUGCAAGGGGUGUUUGUAUAUAAUUUUAGUGUUUUAAUACAGGAGUGUGCUUGUAAUGUUUGCGUUUGAUUGCAGUGCUUGUUAAGUGGCUGCAGAGUGUGUGUGUGUAGUUGAUGCAGUGUGUGUGUAUUGUGUAUAUAAAAUAUACAUAUACACAAUGUGUGUUUUGAAUGUAAGCAUGUUUUUGUAUGUAGUAUGUGUGUGAAUGUUGGUGUUUGAAUGCAGGUGUACACACACACAAUGACACACAGAUACAUACACUCAUGUACACACACACACACCCAUAAAUACACUAUCACAAAAGGACACACAGAUAUACAUGCAUACAGACAGAGACGAAGAGGUGAAGGUGACAUUGUGAGAGGGAGUGUGUAUGUGCUGGUGACAGUGGUGGGUGGUCAGAAGAGAAAGGGUUACAGUGGGCGGGCAGGGGGAGAAAGGGUUACAGGGGCAGGCAGGGGGAGAAAGGGUUACAGUGUGGGGUGUACACGGAGAUAAGGCUUCAGUGAGCGCAAGGGGGGAGAGAGCUAGAAUGGGGGAGCUGGGAGAGAGCCAAAAUGGGGGGAGGGAGAGAAGGGGUGACAGUGUGGAGAGGGGGGAGGGAGAGAAGGGGUGACAGUGUGGAGAGGGGAGGAGAGAAGGGGUGACAGUGUGGAGAGGGGGAGGGAGAGAAGGGGUGACAGUGUGAGAGGGGGGAGGGAGAGAAGGGUGACAGUGUGGAGAGGGGGAGGGAGGAGAAGAGUGUGGAGAGGGGGGAGGGAGAGAAGGGACAGUGUGGGGAGUAUUAUUAUAAUCAGCUGGAUUGGCUGUGGAGGGACUGUCUGGAUUGUCAGGUAGAUCUGUCAAUAGAAUGAAAAGAAGAAAUAUAUAUCUAUAUAUUUCAUUCUAUUGGCGGAUCUAUCUGACAACCCAGACUGUCCCCCUGCAGCCAAUCCGAAUCCUGUGACUUGUCACCGCGAUGACUUGACUCUGAUUGGCUGCAGAGGGACUGCCUGGGUUGUCAGGCAGGUCUUGCAGUCGGAGCAGAGGGUUAAUUAUCAGGUGGGAGAGAGGACCAAAUCAUUAGGGAGUGCUAUGCUGCGCUAACUGUGUUAAUGUCGUCCUUUUAUAGGACAGCAUAGCACCUAAUUUCCAGAAGGAGUUAAGUUGUGCAGCAGUGUCUGACCCAACAUAGCUGCUCAGCCAGAGGAAAAUAAAUAAAUUUAAAUACAGCUUUAGAAGAAGGAAAAAAAAUCAGUUUCUCCAACCAUCAUAGCCACUACAGCAAGUAAUGAGUGUCUGUGCAUCAAAAUGUGUGCAUAAAUAUUAGCCAGCCUGGAAUUCUUGUUCCGGGCUUGCUGAUGACACCUCAAUGAUGCUGCCAGAGUUGUACUUACACCUCCAGCAGCAGAGGGGGUUUAUUCCAUAUGUGCAGCAUUUCAAUGAUCACUUCAAAUUAGUGAUCAUGGUGCCCGUAGUAACCCUUUAAGUUUCAUUAAAUGUAAUAAAAGUUUUUAAAAAUGAGAAGUAAAACUUUUAUGACACUUUUCCUUUAACCUCCACCAAUUGCCAGGGAUUGUGCUUUAUAGGCAAAGAAAUCUACAACUAUUUAUUGCCUUCUACUGACAUCCUCAUGAUUCUCAGCUGGUUGAGACUCAAUAAUACUAUGAAAAUUUGUUUUGGUAAAUACAUUAAAUAUAAAAUUCUAAAAUAGUCUUUGUUUUUUAUUUCCUUCAGCAUACAGCCAGUGUAUGGAGCUCAGCACCCACCGCUAGACCCUGUGCGCCUUAAGAGGUAUAUCUAUAUCCUUACCUGAUUGCUUGUUGUGUAUAUUCUAUAUAUUCCAUCUUUGCAUAUUUUAUGUGUGUGUCUUUACACUUACCAGUAUAUAUUUGGACAGUUCCUUGCAUGAACGUUCCAGGGUGCCCCCAUUUCAUCCAAAGAGCAGAAAAGCCUCCAGUUUCCACGAAUUUGCAAGGAAUACAAGUGAUGCCUGGAAUAUUGAAGAAGAUGAGCGAGAUGAGGCUCAACAUCCGCCUUUUUAUCAGACUCUCAACUCCAGGGUGGCUGAGGUGACUGCUGUGAAGGUCAUUGAGAGUCACUUUAAACUUCAAGAAGAAAACCGCUGCCAAGCCUCUUCUGUUAUAAAAUCCAUGAGUGAAGAUCAGCUGCACAGGAUAACUGCAGGUGAGGCCAUGAGUAUACUCAAAACAACUAAAUCAACCAAUGUGCUGUUUUCCUUACUGUAUUUUGUUCUAACAACAAAGAUAUGUCAAGCAGUGGUAGUUACAGAACCAUAUAUUUUAUCAUUGUAAUGUAGGAGGCAAAUCGUAAUUUCAGGCAAACAUUUUUUGCCUAACUAAUGUUCAGGGAAAACCAUUUGAUGAGCAAGGACUACUUUCCUUGAUGACUUCUAAGAGGCUUUUGGCGACCAUGGGCAACUUUCCUGGGAUGCUGGGUUUUCUAGGCUGCUAUUGGCAAACAGGACUAUUUUACUGAGGUACCUGGGUGUGUAUUGGUGAGUAGGGGGCAUUUUCCUGUCGAGCAUCUAUUGCAAAGCAGGGUCCACUGUCCCCACCUAUUGGUCAACAGUAGCUACUGUCUUGGAACUCCUGGGGCAUUUAUUGGAUAGAAAGGGCUAACCUCUUUGGAUUCCUAGUCACUUAAUUGCGAGCAGAGGGCCACGUUUUGAGCAUAUGUGGAUGCUUAUUGCUGAGGGCCACUUUCCUUGUGGGGUUUCUAGCUGGUUAUCUGCAAGCAAGGGACCACUUUUGAGGAUACCUGGGUGCUUAUUGCUAAGGUUACUUUCUGUGGUUGUCUUUGUGGCUAUUGGUGAGAAGGGGCUAUUUUCUAGAUUACCUGCGAAAGAAGAGAUCACUUUCUAAGGUUGACUGGGUGUUUUUGUUUUUAGGUAAAUGACUGUGAAAACUGAAGGGAAAAAAAAUAAAGUGUAAGAAUUGUACAAAACUGAAAAAAUGAAGUUGCGUUAUAAAAACUUUUGAUGAGGCAAGACACAAAAUUGUCAAAAUGUUGGAUACUUCUCUUAUUAUUCAUAGGAGUAGUUCACUCUGAUCAGACUGGCUUCCGUUAAGCUAAAGACCACACAACAAAACUAUUAACUUGGCCAAUGCUCUUUUCUCUGGUUUUCGGUGGAUGCAUAUACCAGGUAUGCUGUGGGCCCAUAUGAUUAAUCUGGACUUGUACCCUAUAAUCUAAUCCCAGCAUUUAUGGGGUAAAUAGACCGCACUCCCUACCCUUUCCUGUCAAUAUAGGUACUUUGUUGGAAAGCCGUCUGUCUCAACUUCUAUUUGUUCUUGUAAUGGAACUGUUCCUUCAAGGAAUGAGGAUUAACCCUAAUAUUGAAGGUGUAUAGCCAGAUGGCACAUCUUUCAGAUCCUGUACAUCCACUUCUGCUCCUAAUGAGGGAAAUGAAAAUGUUAAUUUGUCUAUCCUAUAUCAAAAUGACCUGGGAUAAGAGGGACAUUCUAAAUACAACAACCCACUCACAGUUUGUAACUGACAAAUGUCCCCUUCCUAUGGGGUGGUAAAUAGGAUAAAAUACCUUGGGAUACACAGCUAGCCCCCAGAUUCAGGACUUUUACAAUGGUAUCUUCCGUCCUAUACCACAGCAGCUGUGUCCUAUACCACAGCAGCUCUCUAGAGAUUUGAAAACAUGAAAUCUACCUCACUUUCAGUGGUUUGGUUGAGCUAACAUUUUAAUUCUGAACUAUUUUUAGUUCUUCUGUCAGUUUAAUAUAUUGGAUAUUUAUCCAAAUCCCUUCUUUCACUUUGUUUUCCUUCUCCAAGAAGAGAAGUCCCUCAUUUCUUAUUCUAUUUGGGUACACAACUUUAUCACUUUCCUUCUGUUAGAUACUUGUCUCAAAAUAUGAUUCAGUUAAAAAUAGUGGAAAUAGUUUAUUCUAAAACUGCUGGUUGCAAGUAUCAAAACUUUGACACCUGUAGCCUUUUUAUAUAUGUACAUACAUGAACACCAAAUGCAAUAAAAUAUAUUACCAAUAUCUCCUUAGUACUCCAAAAUGUAGCUCUAUGAGAAUUCGGGAAAAAAUAUUGUUCUCCUCCCAAGGGAGGAUACAGGUGCAUACUGAUACAUGGGUACAGAGGCUGGUCACUAAUUUCAAAAGUCUGCUUUCAACAAAUGCUUUUGUAUUACUUAGUUGCCAUUCCUACUGAUCACUGCUACUUACUCCCACAACUUAAAGGGUCAUUAUAGUCACCGAACUACAGCUUAAAGGGGCACUAUAUAAGCACCAAGACAACUUGAGUUCAUUGAAGUGGUUUGUGUACAGUGUCCCUGGGCCCUUAAAGGACCACUAUAGUGCCAGGAAAACAUACUCGUUUUCCUGGCACUAUAGUGCCCUGAGGGUGCCCCCAACCUCAGGGACCCCCCUCCCGCCUGGCUCUGGAAAGGGGAACGGGGUUAAAACUUACCUUUUUCCAGCGCUGGGCGGAGAGCUCUCCUCCUCUGAUCCUCCCCGCCGGCUGAAUGCGCACGCGCGGCAAGAGCUGCGCGCGCAUUCAGCCGGUCACAUAGGAAAGCAUUUACAAUGCUUUCCUAUGGACGCUGGCGUGCUCUCACUGUGAAAAUCACAGUGAGAAGCACGCAAGCGCCUCUAGUGGCUGUCAAUGAGAUAGCCACUAGAGGAUUAGGGGGAAGGCUUAACCCAUUGAUAAACAUAGCAGUUUCUCUGAAACUGCUAUGUUUAUUAAAAAAUGGGUUAACCCUAGCUGGACCUGGCACCCAGACCACUUCAUUAAGCUGAAGUGGUCUGGGUGCCUAGAGUGGUCCUUUAACUCUGCAGUGGUAAUUAUUGCAGUUUUUAAUAACUUUUAUUCGCAUAACUGACGCUGGACAUCUUUAUGCUAUGCCUGAGGACAUCCAGAGUAACUUUAAGUGCCCAUGAAUACCCUUUAAGUGCCCAUGAAUACCCUUUAAGUGCCCAUGAAAGCCUAUCAAUAGAUCCCCUUCCAAUACUUUGAUCAUCCCACCACUACAUUACAUCCCAGUUUCUAACUGCCCUACUUUUCAUCUUGGUAUUACUGUACGGUCUCUUUGGCCAUACUUGCAGUCAAUAAAAUUUAUGUGACAAAGGUGCAUGAUAAGCUGCUAUUUUGUAGCGAUAUUGUAUGCCUUUUGCAGCAUGACUAUCUUUUUGCCCCAUGCAAUCUGUACAAUUAUUCUAUGAUUGCCACUAAUGUUCUUUGUUAAAUUUAUUUUGUAUUUCUGUGCUCUGUACUCUGAUAUAACCUGAAACCUAAUGGUUGAUUUGAGCUGAAUCCCAGGAUAUAUAAAGCAAAGCAUAAAACAUAAAAAUAGACAUCAGACAGACAUACUUGUAGGAGUAAACCUGUUUAUUUAUAUGCCUAUCUUAUUGGUCUAGUCUGCUUUUCCAAAUGCUGCUCAACUCAUACUGCUCUCAGUGGCUGACUAGGUAGUAAGAUACAGACGGCAGUCCAGGAAUACACUGUGUGAUAAGGAGAUCAUAGCUAAGGAGCCAAAUAUUUCAAAACUGUAAUGCCAAAAUCUGUUAAAUAAGCAAACAAUUAAGUAUUUAAACAAUUGUUGGUGCUUACAGUGUUCCUUUACAAUACAAUGUCUCCAUAAGCAUCCUUGUUGUUUUAUCCCCAUGUGCAAUAGAUGACUUAAUAUUACGGAAAUCUCUGCAGAAGCAACAGUCACUUCCACUUCGCCCUAUUAUCCCCCUUGUGGCCAGGAUUUCUGAUCAGAAUGCGUCUGGUGCACCUCCAAUGACUGUAAGAGAAAAAACACGACUUGAAAAGUUCAGGCAGCUGCUGUCCUGCUCCAACACUGAUCUCGGUAUGCUUUUACUUUUAUUCUAUUAUCUAUCUCUAAAUAAGACACUAACCUAAAUCAAUAACUUAUCUUCUAAACAAAGGGUCAUUUAUAAAAAAAAAAGAAAAAAAGGUUAAAGAUAAUUUGGGAAUUAGAUUUUAUUAUUUUUUUAUUUUUUAUUAUGUCUAUGGAUUAAGAGCUGUAUUUUGUUAUACAUAUUUAACAUGAGAAAAAAAAAAAAAAGGAAAAACCCAUUUCAAACUCAUUUUGAAAUUUGCAGUGUUAUUUACUAAAGUGAAACUUGUUUGUCAUUUUAAAGUGAAUUUCAAAUAUAAAACAAAGCAGCCAAACUAGGAGAAAUUUUCCAUUUGGGCUAUAUUGGACUUAAAUUUUAAAAUACAUUUAAUGAUAAUGUAUUGUUAAAAUGAAUAGCGUGAGCUUGGAAUUUGCGUCUGAAAAUCUAAAACCAGUUUAAAAAAACAAACAGAUUUGUACUUACCUUGAGAUGUAUUCUUUUUAUCUUAAAACUUAUUUUCUUCCAUAUAAAAUUCAUAAUAACCCAAUGCUUCUGGGUAAAAAAAAUAAACAACUUAACCUGAAAAAAUAAAUGAAAGCUUUCCCAAGCUAUGAAAUGUCUGUAGAACCCUACUUUGCAGGCUUAUAUGCCAGCCAAUCAGAGCGCUGUGUCCGUUAAAUCCCGUCUCUCAUGGUACUUGGGUCGGAAUAUUCCCAUGCAAGUCUUGUGACUUUAUAGUCAGUGAUUGGAUGGCUUGUGGUGUUUAGAAAUUCCCCUUGAUGAAACAGUAGGAAACAAUGUUGGAACAAAUGUUACAUAGUUACAUAGUUACAUAGCUGAAAAGAGACUUGCGUCCAUCAAGUUCAGCCUUCCUCACAUUUGUUUUUUGCUGUUGAUCCAAAAGAAGGCAAAAAAACCCAGUUUGAAGCACAAUUUUGCAACAAGCUAGGAAAAAAAUUCCUUCUUGACCCCAGAAUGGCAGUCAGAUUUAUCCUUGAUCAAGCAGUUAUUACCUACAUUGAAAGAUUAUAUCCUUGAAUAUUCUGUUCUUGCAAGUAUGCAUCUAGUAGCCGCUUUGAACAUCUGUAUGGACUCUGAUAAAACCACUUCUUCAGGCAGAGAAUUCCACAUCCUGAUUGUUCUUACAGUAAAAAAAACCUUUCCUUUGCCUUAGACAAAAUCUUCUUUCUUCCAGUCUAAACGCAUGGCCUCGUGUCCUAUGUAAAGUCCGGUUUGUGAAUAGAUUUCCACACAAUGGUUUGUAUUGGCCCCGAAUAUAUUUGUAUAAUGUUAUCAUAUCCCCUCUCAGGCGACGUUUUUCUAAACUAAAUAGGUUUAAAUUUGUUAACCUUUCUUCAUAGCCGAUAUGUUCCAUUCCUUUUAUUAAUUUUGUAGCCCGCCUCUGCACUUUUUCUAGUGCCAUAAUAUCCUUCUUUAGAACAGGUGCCCAAAAUUGCACAGCAUAUUCAAUAUGGGGUCUUACCAGUGAUUUAUAAAGAGGCAAAAUUAUAUUCUUGUCCCGAGAAUGAAUGCCCUUUUUCAUGCAUGACAAUACCUUACUGGCCUUGGCCACUGCUGAUUGACAUUGCACAUUGUUGCAUAGUUUGUUGUCUAUAACAAUUCCCAAGUCCUUUUCAUGUGUUGUUAUCCCUAAUUCGCUUCCAUUAAGGGUAUACGUUGCUUGUGUAUUCUUUACGCCGAAGUGCAUAACUUUGCAUUUUUCAACAUUAAAUUUCAUCUGCCAUUUGAGUGCCCAGUCCCCCAGUCUAUCUAAAUCCCUCUGCAGCAAAGUAAUAUCUUGCUCACAUUGUAUUGUUUUACAAAGUUUGGUGUCAUCUGCAAACACUGAAACAUGACUUUCAAUGCGGUCUUCAAGAUCAUUUAUAAACAUGUUAAAUAGAAGGGGUCCUAGAACAGACCCCUGAGGGACACCACUUGCCACCUCUGUCCAGCUUGAAAAUUUACCAUUAAUGACAACUCUUUGUACUCUGUUUUAAGCCAAUGUUCUACCCAAGAACAAGUAUUUUCAUCUAGACCGAUUUCCUUGAGUUUGAACACUAAUCUAUUGUGUGGAACUGUAUCAAAUGCCUUGGCAAAAUCCAAAAAGAUCACAUCCACGGCAACACCCUGAUCUAUACUUCUACUUACUUCUUCGUAGAACGCAAUCAAGUUAGUUUGACAUGACCUGUGCUUCAUAAAACCAUGCUGAUUUUUGCUGAUAACCAUAUUCUUCUCAAGGAAUUCUUGAAUAUUAUCCCUUAAUAAACUUUCAAAUAUUUUACCAGCCACAGAAGUUAAGCUCACAGGUCUAUAAUUUCCAGGCAAGGAUUUUGAACCCUUUUUGAAUAUAGGAACCACAUCUGCCUUCCUCCAAUCCUCCGGAACACUUCCUGAAAGAAAAGAAUCUUGAAAGAUUAAAAACAGAGGUUCACUUAUUUCUGCACUUAGUUCCUUAAGUACAAGUGGAUGGAUACCGCCAGGCCCUGGAGCUUUGUUUAUAUUAACUUUUUUUAGUUGCUGCAGCAUCUUGUCUUGAGUUAACCAAUUACAAUUAUUCUGCACGUUUUAGUAGCAAUCAUUUGCACAUCUAUUGCCAUGGGUUCUUCCUUAAUAUAUACGGAGGAGAAAAAGUUAUUUAAAAUUCCUGCCUUUUCCUGGUCUUCAUUAAUUAACACCCCCGUUUCAGUUUUUAGUGUACCUACACUUUCAUUUUGGGGUUUUUUUAGAAUUUAUGUACUUAAAAAAUGCUUUGGGGUUGGUUUUGCUCUCUUCAGCUAUCAUUAUUUCAUUUUGAAGUUUAGCAAGUCUAAUUGCCUUUUGCAUUAUUUGCAUCCUUAUAUCUUUUAUAAGAUGCAUCUGAUUUGUCCAAUUUAAAUGCUUUAAAUGCCCUUCUCUUAGUUGUAAUCUCUUGUUUUACUUCUCUACUAAGCCAUGUUGGUUUUAAUUUGUUUCUUUUAUAUUUAUUUCCCAAUGGUACAUACUGAGAAAUGUACCUUUGUAAUAUUUGUUGGAAGAUGAUCCAUUUAUCCUCAGUGUUCUUUUCACUAAAGAGUUUAUGCCAGUCAAUAUAUUGUAAAGCUUCCCUUAACUUAUUGAAAUUGGCCUUUUUAAAAUUAUAUGUUUUAGUAUUCCCCAUGUGCUUUUGUUUUUUUGAGUUUAUUUCAAAGGACACUAUAUUGUGAUCACUAUUUCCCAAGUGCUCACCUACUUGAAUGUUGGUCAAAAGAUCAACGUUGUUUGUUAAAACCAGGUCCAGACAAGCAUCCAUUCUAGUUGGUGCUUGUACAAGUUGUGACAUGAAGGUGUCAUUUAACAAGUUUAAAAACCUAAUUCCCUUUGCUGAGGCACUAGUCCCUUAAGUUAAACACAACAAACAAUAUGGGAAUAUUUGCUAUUCAUUUUGUGACGAAGUGCCCAAAUGUGUGACGGAACGCUGGCACUCCGACUGAGUACCUCCGCCAAUCGAUGCUCCUAGUGCUCGCUGAGGACUCCAAGCACUCCAUCCGACACCAUCAGCACUGCAGACCCCACUUCCAGCGAUGCAACUGCGGCGGGGUCUCUGCUGUUUCCACCCACCCUGGACCCAAGGCCAGGAUCCAGCUUCCAGUGGGUGAACCUCUCUUUCCCCAGAGAGCAGGAACAGGAACAAAUCAAGCUAUUGCAAGAGCUUCCUCUGGGGAGUAAGUGAUUAUAGCAAUCCCCAGAGUGUAGGUAUCCCUCCCCCCAAACAUGAGCCAAGGCUUAAUGCUGGAACAAGACUGAUUUACUGGCACACAGAACUCACAAUUUAUGCAACACAAAACUCCUCCUCUGGGCCAGGCUAGAUAAUUGAAUUUCUACAAUACACAAAGCUCAAUUAUCUGCUGGCCAGAAAUUAUACAGUUUCAUAAAACACACAGGGACCCCAAAACAUGCAAUAACCCCAUAAAAAAGUAUAUCCUUGGAACCGGGGGAUCUGGUUGAACCACAUAUCCAAAAUUCACCCAGAUCCGUUCAGUACUUUGGAAAAUACAGUUUAAUGCAGAUUCCACAGAACAUAUACAGGCUAAAUAAAAAACAAUCACUGUAUAAUGUGUCCCCUGCUGUAUCGUCCAAAACCACCACACGAUGUCUCUGUGCACCAAAUACUGGCGAGAUGGCACCGUGUUGAAAACUCCACACAGUGUCUGUGAGUUAAAAUGGCCGCCAUCCAUUGUUCUCACCAUGUGCUUCUGAUACAGGAAAUGGUGGCCACCCAGUAACUCCACAGUAUGUCCCCAGAUGGUUCUUAAAGGGCCAGCAGCAGCACAACACAAAUCCAUUAUGCCCAAAUCAUGUCUUUAUAGGGCAAUACAUCCCAGGGGCCAUAGUCACAGGGCAAGAGGCGGGCAAGCAGUCCUCUCCAGGCACAAGUGGCGAAGGGCACUUCGUCACAAAAUGAAUAGCAAAUAUUCCCAUAUUGUUUGUUGUGUUUAACUUAAACUAAAUUUUCAAUACAUCUCCUCUCUGGCAAUGCAUUUUUAUGGGCAAAGCUUAUAGAUUUUGUUUUUGCAGGUGACAUUUGAAUGAUAUGAAAGCCAUCAGUUACUUUAUAAUUAAUUCCUUUGUGGAUUCAUGAAAUAUUUUUUAAAUGUGUAUUUGCAGAUGAGUUAAGGAAAUGUAGUUGGCCAGGUAUCCCUCGUGAAGUGCGUCCCACCACUUGGAGGCUUCUUUCGGUAAGAUGGCAUCAUUUGGUCUUAGAAAUACUAUACAAGUUUUUGUUGAUGCAAAAGUUCUAACUGUCCAUCCCAUUUCAGGGCUACCUUCCUGCCAGCCAGGAAAGACGCAUUCUCACGCUUCAACGUAAGCGUGAAGAAUAUUUUGGCUUCAUAGAACAGUAUUAUGACUCCAGAAAUGAGGAAAAUCACCAAGAUACAUAUCGUCAGGUACUUAAUGUUAUAUAAAGUAUAUAAAUGCACAUUAUGACCUUUGAUGACCUAGAUUUUCAGUCCUAUAUACCUAGGUCAUAUUUGUUUUUUUUUUCUUUCAGAUCCAUAUUGAUAUUCCAAGGACCAAUCCCUUAAUCCCAUUAUUUCAGCAGCCAUUAGUUCAAGAGGUGAGUAAUAGUGAUUAAAAGCUUCAUACUUGUUGGUAAAGGAAAGCCAGUCUUGAUUUCCAGUGAUUGGCAGCUAGAUGUUCAUAUAGAACAUAUAUAUGGGAGCUAAAAUAUUCUACUAGACAUUGGCACGUGAAAAUUUAGCCCUGGUGUGUGUGGUAUGGAUCCUCCAGCCUUGCAGUGGCAAAUAACUUUUUAAGGCCUUGCUAUCCGUUUAGGACUUUACAUUUUAAGCCCUAGAAGAUGAAGUGAAAAGCAAAAUCUGUGACUUAUUUUGUAUACUUUCUGUCUAGUAAUUGUAAUCCCACAUCUCUCUCUCCCUCUCCCCCCCGCAACCAAAAUAUUUUCAUUUAAUGGGAUGCUUAAGAUUUUGAGAGAUGAUGGCUAUACAACCCUCUUAAAAUGUAUUUUCUAACAUGAUUCAAAGCACCUUUGUUGACAUCCUCUUCAACCAAUAUGAUCUCUCUUCCAAUCCUGAUCCUUAGUGUUCCCAUGGGAGAGUUGUAAAUUUUUCAUAUAUCACAAGAGCCCACACAUGUACAGUUACAGCACAUUUUCAGCUUCUCAUUUGUUCAUUCACAAUGAAUGUGAAGAGAAUGCACAAAUAAAUUGAAGCGUCAGGCUUCUGAUGCCUAUUAAGCAAUUAAUAAGAAGUUGCUUCUAGCUCUAUUCAUUGCUAUUGCACCAGGCAAGGACCUGUUUUUGGUUUUUUUUGUUAGUGCAUUUGCAGUACUAAUGUUUUAGGAAAAAGGGGAUCCUAAUGUUUGAAUUUCUGUUGCCAAUUGUGAAACUUUUUCAGAGACCAGGAAAUGUCAGAUUUUUAUUAAAAACAAAUCCUGACCUUCCUAUUGUUUUUCAAUGGGAGCAUGUCUUAAAGGGUAUUCAUAUAGCUUCAUAUAUGAUUGUGAAAAUGAAACCGCUUAAAGGAUAAUGUAUUUAUAACACAGACAUUACAAAAUGAGUGUUAGAUUUUAUGUUGAACAUUGAAAAAAAAACAAAAAAAAAACAAAACUUUUUUUUUGUAAAUUGCAUACAUAUUCAGAUGCUAAGCAUUCAGCUAUUUAUCACAGAAGCUGUGCAAGGAAAAUUAUUUAUUGUUCUUGAGUAUCCUAUUAAAGGAAUAAUCAGAUUUUAUUGGAUGCUGCUUGUAAGAGAAUUGUUUGAUUGAGAUAGAUAUAUAUAUAUGUAUGUAUAUAUAUAUGUGUGUGUGUGUGUGUGUGUAUAUAUAUAUAUAUAUAUAUAUAUAUAUGUGUAUAUACAAUAUAUAUUUUUUUAUCUUGAACCUGUGCAUUUUCCGUUUUACAAAAAUAUAAAUUUGUGCUUUGAUCUUUAUUGAAUGCAUUUUUGCACAUUUUAAAGAUUGAAGUGUCCCUUUAAUUUGUAGAUGUAUAAGUGUAUCUAAUGCUUUUCCUUCUAAAUAUGUAAUAUACCUAAAACAAAGAGUCUGAUUUCUGAAAAGUGUUCAGUAAUAAAAAGUUUUAAACGAGAGUCCCCAGCCCCCCACCCCCUCUGGGUUGCUUGUGCUAAUGAGGAAGCAUUAGCCCGAGCAUGAAUAGGUGGCUUUGAUUGGCUGAGCGUGUCAGCUUACUGCUUUCAGACUAUCACAGUACCAUUGCUGGUAUGAAUCAAUAUGGCUAGAAGGUAGUGUUUAAACUCUGCUUUAGCUGUACUGCCAGUAGGGAAUCAGCUGGGUGUGGCCUGUGACCAUUUUUAGUUCUAAACUAAUUGAAAUAGAUUUAAUAAUUAAAGGAGGGACCUUGCCCUGACUCAAAGUCAGUGGUGUAUUCUGGUUUUGUGCUGCCCUAGGCAUAACAAAACUUUGGCACCCCCCUUUCAAAUUUCUAUUCCUGACAUACACACGCCUCCACUGAUGCAUGCAUCGACAUACUCACUUACAGAUACACCAUCAUUGUCACACACACUGUUUAACCAACACACACUCGCUGAAACAUACACAUUCACAGACAUAUGCACUCACUCAUUAAGUUACCCUCACUCACAUUCACUGACAGACACGCAUUCACUGACAGACACGCAUUCACUGACAGACACGCAUUCACUGACAGACACGCAUUCACUGACACAGACACACUGUGACAGAAAUUCAUACACACUUACUGAAAGAAAUGCAUACACACUCAGUGUCAGACACACACUAGUACACACAUAUACUCACUGACAGAUACACAUUGACAAACACACAUAUCAACACUCAGUGUCAGACAUAAACAUUCAUGGACACACAUACACACGCUGACAGACAAGGAUGCACACACAUACAAAAACUCACGGACAAAAACAUAUACAUUCUCAGUGACCGACACACAGUCACUAACACAUACACAGUCACAUUAACACACUCAUUAACAGAACAGACACACACUAACAGAACAGACACACACACACUAACAGAACACACACACACUAACAGAUAAUAGUUAAAAAACAUUUUUUAAAAGUUCAAUCCACCCAGCCUCACCACUUUUGGGAGUGCUGAAGUGGAUUCUUCCCUGGGGUCCAGUGGUGUUGCUACUGGCUGGCCUGGCAGGCACACGGGCAAGUGGUCGGGCGGGUAGGCAGGCUAAUAUUGGAGGCGGCGAGGGAGCUCUGAUCUCCCUGCUCAACUCCCUUGCACACCCCUUAGUGGAGCCGGAGUGACAUCAUAUUCCGGCAUCACUGCGAUGUGCGCGAGCCGAGCUGGGAAGAGCUCAGGGGUCAGUGCUCCCUCGCACGCACCGCAACAUCCGCGCAUGACAGCCUCUGGGGGCCCCUUAGGUGGCUUUUUUGCCACCCCCCCUGAAACUGACGCCCACGGCAAAUGCCUGGUCAGCCUUGCGGUAAAUAAACCGCUGCCCGAAGUACUAUCAUCAAUUCAAUGGAAUUAAAUGGUUGUAGUACCUUCAGUGUCCCUAUUAAAUAUGUGAUAUAUACAUUGAUGGGCAACAAAAAAAGAAAACAGACUUCACUCUUCUUUGUUUAUAGUGCACACUACUACUGGUUAUAGAAACAUAGAAACAUAGAAUGUGACGGCAGAUAAGAACCAUUCGGCCCAUCUAGUCUGCCCAAUUUUCUAAAAACUUUCAUUAGUCCCUAGCCUUAUCUUAUAGUUAGGAUAGCCUUAUGCCUAUCCCAUGCAUGCUUAAACUCCUUUACUGUGUUAACCUCUACCACUUCAGCUGGAAGGCUAUUCCAUGCAUCCACUACCCUUAUGAAAACAUUUUUAUUUUUAUUUAUGUUGGUUUAUACAAUUUGUCAUGUGUCAAUUACUUUUCUUUGAUAGGUUUAUGUCCAUAUUCAGCACUAUUUGACAUUCUCAUUAAAUUGUGCAUUGUGUAUAUGAUGAUCCAUAUGAGCACAAUAGGAGUUUAUUCAAUAGAUCAUCUAGAAUAGGGCUCAACAAAUCCUAGGUCGCCAUGGUAACCAGGAAAUUUGACCUGGCACUUGGGAUUUUUGAGCCUGUUAAGCCCCUGAGGCGGGCGGUCGGCUAUUUGAGAGCUGAGGAAGGUUGCUAAAUGAGCACAGCGGUGAGGGAGUUGUCAUCUCCCUCGCAUGCCCUCUAGUUUCCCAGGGCCGGAAUAUGAUGCAAUUACGGUCCCACAUCACUAAACCACACUCCUAGGGAGCAGAGAGAUGACAGAUGCCCCACUGGACCCCAAACAUUUUAGACUUUAGAAAAACAGACUUUUCUAAAAUUAGAAUAUGUGUAAAGGAGUCAUUAUCAGACUGGCGCAAUUUUAAAUGGAGUCCAAAAGAAAUGGGAUUAUUUAAAAGUUGCACGGCUGAAGGCAACAGAAAUUUGCAUUAGGCUUUUCAGUAAAAGCAAAAAAUUCAAGAAACCACUGUGGUACUCCACAAAUAUGGCCAAAACAGUAAAAAAAAAAACUAAAAGUUAGCAUUUAGUAAUUAUAAAAAAAACAAGAGUGAGGAAGACAGAGUGAUCUAUAAGAUUAUGCAGAAAGAGGCUAAGCAAGUUAUAUGAGCUUCCAAAUCACACACAGCAGAGAAAAUAGCACAGUCAGUAAAAAAAAAAAAAAAAAAGGGAGGGGGGACAAGACAUUUUUUAGAUACAUAAAUGAGAAAAGGAAAGUAAAACAAGGAUUAGUUAGAUUAAAAACAAAAGAAGGAAGGUAUGUAGAAGAGGAUAAACGUCUCAGCUGACUGCUUCAAUUAAUAUUUUUGUUCAGUAUUUAAAGAUGAAAAUUAAGGAAAGGGGCCUCAGUUAGGAAAAAUGACAAAUUAGUCAUUUGUAACAUGUGAGUUUACAGAGGAAGAGGUUAAAUUUCAACUGUCAAAAGUAAAGACAAAUAAGUCAAUGGGACCUGAUGGAAUAUACCCAAAGUUAUUAAAAUAGCUUAGUGGUGUACUAGCAAAACCAUUAACAGAUUUAUUUAACCAAUCAUUGUUAACAGGAGUAGUCCCAGAAUAUUGGAAGUUAGCGAAUGUUGUGCCCAUUCACAAGAAAGGUAGUAGGGAGGAGUUUGGCACUAUAGGCCAGUAAGCCUUACUUCAGUAGUGGGGAAAGUAAUGGAAACCAUGUUAAAGGAUAGAAUUGUUGAACAUCUAAAAUCACAUGGAUUUCAAGACCAGAGACAACAUGGGUUUACUUCAGGGAGUUCAUGUCAAACUAAUCUUAUUGUUUUUUUUUUGAUUGGGUAAAUAAAAUAAUGGAUCAGGGUGGUGCAGUAAACAUUGCUUACCUAGAUUUCAGUAAGGCUUUUGACACUGUUGCACAUAGAAAGCUUAUCAAUAAACUGCAAAGUUUGGAUUCCAAUAUUGUUGAAUGAGUAAGGGAGUGGCUGAGUGACAGACAACAGAGGGUUGUUGUCAAUGGAGUAUAUUCGAAGCAAGGUCUAGUUACCAGUGGGGUACCUCAGGGAUCUGUACUUGGACCCAUUCUCUUUAAUAUUUUUAUUAGUUAUAUUGCAGGUCUUGAUGGUAAGGUAUGUCUUUUUGCUGAUGAUACUAAGAUAUGUAACAGGGUUGAUGUUCCAGGAGGGAUAAGCCAAAUGGCUAUUGAUUUAGGUAAACUAGAAAAAUGGUCAGAGUUGUGGCAACUGACAUUUAAUGUGGAUUAGUGCAAGAUAAUCCAUUUUUGACGUAAAAACUCAAGGGCAGAGUACAGAAUAUUUGAUAGAGUCCUAACCUGAACAUCUGAGGAAAGGGAUUUAGGGGUGAUUAUUUCUGAUGACUUAAAGGUAGGCAGACAAUGUAAUAGAGCAGCAGGAAAUGCUAGUCGAAUGCUUGAUUGUAUAGGGAGAGGUAUUAGCAGUAGAAAGAUGGAAGUGCUCAUGCCAUUGUACAGAACACUGGUGAGUACGCAGUACUGGAAACCGUAUCUCCAGAAGGAUAUUUUAGAGAGAAUUCAGAGAAGGGCUACUACCCUGGUUCAUGGAUUGCAGGAUAAAAUACGUAAAGGGAAUCAACACAGUAAAGGAGACUAUAUUUAAAAGAAGGAAAAACUACCACAACAAGAGGACAUAGUAUUAAUUAGAGGGACAAAGUUUAAAAAUAUCAGGAAGUAUCACUUUAUUGAGAGGGUAGUGGAUGCAUGGAAAAGCCUUCCAGCUGAAGUGGUAGAGGUUAACACAGUAAAGGAGUUUAAGCAUAAGUGGGGUAGGCAGAAGGCUAUCCUAACUAUAAGAUAAGGCCAGGGACUAAUGAAAGUAUUUAGAAAAUUGGGCAUACUAGAUGGGCAAAAUGGUUCUUAUCUGCCGUCACAGUCUAUGUUUCUAUGAGGCCUACUACUGCAGACGAGCCGGCGACUGGGGAAAUGGCCGAUUCCUUGGCCCUGGGCGCUGAUCCUGAAACUGACCUGCAACAGCCCUGUCACUCACCCUUUGGACCGGUGAGGGAUAUAACUGUCCCCACUGGCUCACUCAGACUCCCUCCCUGACAACUCAGGGCUUCCUGCAUCCAGUGGCUAGUGGCGCAACCUAGAUAGCUGCCGCGACGGAGCCAAAACAGGACUGCAUGGAUUUGGAUGGCCAGGGACUGGAAGGCACAAUUUGAAGCUAUAUUUGCCAGUCAUUCUGGAACUGCAUUGCAAGUAGAUUGACCCAGCUUACCCGGCCUGCUGCCUGUGUGCCCCGCAAGGCAUGCUCAAGCACACAUACUUUUUAUGGGCUGAGGGCCCGCAUGGAGACAUCUGUGCACCAAAGUCCACACACCCGCAAGGACCUCCAGACCUCGGAGGUCCCGCGAGCUGGCGAUCCUGCCACCAAGAGUAGGGGGAUUCGUGGACUCAAGGAAGGGGCUCCAUCACGAACCAGAGCUGAGAUUGCAGGAGCUUGUAGCGAUGCCGAAUACUAUCUCCAGAGCAGCAACACAGGCGAUACCAUCCUGUGUCAGUAGGUUGAAGCAACAGGCCUGGAGAGGAGCUAACCAUUAACUUAUGGCCCAGCCAAGGGCAUAGGGUGAGCCCGACACUGCACCAGGUGUAAUACCUGUGCUCUAGAGGCUUAUAGUCGUGUUUUAUUUAUUUUUUUGUUUUUUUUCCUGUACCUUCAACAUUGUCCAGUACCCGGUAGUGCCACCUUAGUUUUAAUGUUGUUAACACAAGAACACUCUAAUCUUAUAAAUGAAAUAUUUUUAUUUAUAAUGCUUGUGUGUUCCUUUUAACUUUUAGAUUCAGGUCCACUCUUUAGAAGUGUAUUAAAAAAUAAAUCUACCACAAAGAGAUUGCACACUAUAACCACUUAUAAGAGAUAUAUAAAUGCGUUUAUUCAACCAAAAAAGGUAUCCAUACAAAAAACAACAAAACCCUUGAAAAAGGCAUCCAGUAGGUGCCGAAACGUUGGGGGCAUUGGUGGCUCGUGUUUCUGUCCUAGUAGGCUUGUGGACUUUUAGUAACUAUUGUUGACUUAUUUGGCCUAUUUAUUGUCACCUUGAUUUGUUUUGUUUUUUUGCAUGUAUACCUUUUUUGGUUGAGUAAACGCAUUUAUAUAUCUCUUAUAAGUGGUUAUAGUGUACAAUCUCUUUUUGUGGUAGAUAUAGUUGUUUGGGUACUUGAGGGAGUGCCUGAGAGUAUUUGCAUCUAGUGGUACAAUCUUACUUAUGUUGUCUCUCCGUACGGUGGUGGUGUUAUAUAAAAAAAUAACUUUUUAUCCAGCACCUUACCAGUCUCCUUGCCGUAGCUACUCCAUCUUUGAUAUCAUCAUUCUGAUGGUCACUAGAGCAACACUGAUGUCAUGCAGCAUAUGUGUGGCAAUGGCUUGAUUCUUGCUGAGAAGCAUUAUCCCAAUGCUUCUCUUUGAACAGAUUUAACAGCAUUCAUCUUUGUUGUGCUAGGUUUGAUGAUGCUGAAAGUAUAGAACUUCAGUUUUUGAAGGUUUUGAUGAGGAUAAAUGUUGUUUUUUUUGUGCCUCGAGGAUACUGUCAAAUAUUUUUAUAUAUAUAUAUAUAUUCCGUCCCAUCUAUUUAUGGAAUGUCAUGUUUUUCUCCUCUUGUCACAGAUCUUUGAGAGGAUAUUGUUUAUCUGGGCAAUCCGACACCCAGCAAGUGGAUAUGUGCAGGGUAUCAAUGAUCUGGUUACUCCUUUCUUCGUGGUAUUCCUUACAGAGCAUGUGGGUGAGAAGACAAAUGUAUAUUAAUCUAAACUCUGCAAUUAAACUAGUAAUAUAUUCUGAAAAGAAAAAAAGGAACUGAAAGCGCUACUGAAACCAAAAACAGUGUUUUAAUAAAACCCCUUAAAAUAAAAAAACGAAAAUAAACUUAUCUGUGAUCCUGCGCCGAAUCCAAGCUCUCCUUGCAGUCUGCAAAGGAAGUAAUGUUAUUGAGGGAGAACUUAAGGUGGCACUAUUGAUGGGAUUGUGCUGUCAUUGGAUUUCUGUUGCCAGCAUGCAAUGUUUGCUGAUGACAGAAACCUAAAUAAGAGGCCAAAACCUAACAAACAGUGUCCCUGGAAUGUCCUUUAUUUAUGAAGUGUAAACAGCUUAUCCCAGGGGUUCCCAAUUAAUUGAUUUAUCCAGUGAAACCCUUUGACAUAGCGUAUCAACAUCAUGGAUCUGUGUGUGUAUGUAUCUGACACGCACACAGACACACACACACACACACACCUUAACACACAGAUACACACACUGGCACAUACACACAUAGGCACAUACAAACACACUGAUAUACACUGGCACAUACACACACAUACUGACACACACACUCAGAUACACACAGUGACACAUACACAAACCUUGACACUCACACACAUACUCUUUGACAUACACACAUAUACACUCUCACUGACAAGCACACAUACACAUACAAACUCCUUAACAGACAAACACACAAUUUAAUUUUUAAUGUCACUCCACCCAGCCUCCCUACCUUUGAGAGUGAUGGCAUGGCGUUUCUAUUUCCCUGGGGUCCAGUGGGGUUGCUGGGCUAAGCAGCUGGCGUGCAGUCGCUGGGGUCUGAGCGACUGGCGCCUCUUAGUGAUACCGGAGCCAGAGUGACGUCAUAUUCCUGCUCCGCCAUCACUGCUGUGCAAUCUGCGUUAAUUGAGGCGGGCGGUGAGGGAGCACUCUCCCUUGCUCAGCUCCCUCGCUGCCCGCCUCAAUAAUCAUAGCGGCCAUUUUGUUUCCCCAAAUUUCGGCGGAACACCAGGGUUCAGUGGAACACCAAUUGGGAAACGCUGGCUUAACCUGUAUAGGAACACGUGUCCUAUGGAUUUUGGUUUAUGGUUGUCUAUAAUUUUAAAAUACUUUUUGUAAUAUAUGCUCACUUUACCUGUUGCAGUGUCUGGUUCUGAAGUAUUCUUUGUUUCUUUUCUUAAUUUCUUCAACAUUUUGGAUAACUUUCCUAGAGGAAGACGUAGAGAAUUUUGAUGUGAGCAGCCUUUCUCAGGACACUCUGCGUAACAUUGAGGCCGACAGCUUUUGGAGUAUGAGCAAGCUUCUUGAUGGCAUCCAGGUGACAAAAAGUGCUGACUUGCAGACUAUAUUUUUUCUAAUUUACUUUACAUACUUUAUUACAAAUUCUUACUGUGUUUUAGAGACAGAAGACCCUAGAGUGAUAAAUGACUAUUUGCUUUUUGAUUCUGAUUCUUAUGUUAACUACUAUUUUUUUUUUUUUUUCAUUCUUAGGAUAAUUACACAUUUGCUCAGCCAGGAAUCCAGAAAAAGGUGAAGGCACUGGAAGAGCUUGUGAGUCGAAUUGAUGGUCAGUUCAUAAGUCACUCUUCCUAUUUUUGAUUUCUUUUCUCUAUUUACCUUUUUGUUUUAGAUAUAAUUUCGACUUCUACCUCACCCAUUUCUCCAAUUUUGUGUCCUAAACAUUUAGACAUUGAAGAAUAUGGCUUAUUUUCAUAUAACAAACCAUUAAAGUAUACUUAAAAAACAGCAAGUGUUUUUAUUUGCCAUAUGUAAUGUGCAGCAUAGGAAACAUUACUUUAUAAUAUAACACGUGUGCAUUAAUUGCAAUAGUACAAUGCACAAUAGGUGGAGCUAAAACAUAUAUAAAGAUGCUUCUCUUUCUUCUUUGUAUAUUAAUAUUUGCUGAAUUACAUAAGAGGAACACACAAUAGUGCAUUAAACCUUAUAUCACAAUAAAUAUAGAUCAUGUGAUAAGAGCACACUCACAAAGAUAGAGCCACAGUGUCACCUGGCUCUAGUGUGUGUGUCCUUAGUCACACUUGAAGUUGGAGGAUGGUGGUUCGGAUGGUACCCCCUAAAUUUAUGAAAUAGUUGGUUCCACGUUAACACAACCAAUUUAUUAAAUAAAUCAAAAUCUAAAAUAAGAUGAAAAGUCAAAUCUGUAUAAGCAAUAGUGUAAAAGUCCAAUUCACCAGGAUGUGUUUUGCCGAGUUCUGGCUUCCUGAGUUGAUGUAUACAUAAAUAACACACAAAGCUUAAAGGGACACUAUAUAAUCACCAGGACAACUACAGUGUUUACUCCAGGCUUUUUUCCUCUGCAUUUAGACACUGAGCUUUCCUCAUAGAGAUGCAUUGAUUCAAUGCAUUUCUAUGAGGAGAUGCUUAUUGGCCAGAGUGGCAUUUGGCUCCGCCCCAGCCCUCUUCCUUGGCCGAGAUCAAUAACUGACAUCAAUUGACAAUCUCCGCCAAUCCAAUAUUUUCCAAUGGGAAAGCAUUGGGAUUUGCUGAGAUCAUCACUUCUGAUGAUGUCAGCCAAGGAGGCAGAUCAGGGGCAGAGCCAGCACCAGCAGACUGGAAUAAAUGUAAUAUUUUACUGUUCAGGGGGGCUAGAUAGUGAUUUUAACACUAUAGGGUCCGAAAUACAUGUUUGUGUUUCUGACCCUAUAGUGUUCCUUUAAUGUAGUGGUUCAGAUGCAAAGAGUCUGUCCCUGCAGUCUCUCAUUUGUGUAUAUAAAUACUGAUUCACAGGUUGAGAGCCUUCUUAAUUUUGAAUAUAAUAGAAAUGGAACAACAUUGUGAUGGUUCAUUGAGUCUGGAAUGAAACACAGUGAGACUUGUUUCUUGGGAAACAUAAAUCCGUUAUCCUCAUAACAUCACACUACCUGGAGGUCUAGGGAAACCUACAAACUAGUAUAGUCACACUAUACUUCCUGCACAUCGUGUUCUCUUCAAGAGCAAACUUGUAAUUAACCUCUGAAUCUCCAAGGUACAAUGUGGCUUCUAGAUUAUUGUGAAGUGUUCAUUCUUCUAUAAGUCUCCAGCAGUAUGUCUGAUAGCAUAUAGUCUCAUGUGAGCAUUAUCAUAAACGUUAAGUGCACACAUAUCUGAAAGUAGGUUAGUGUGUGAAUGCCUGGAGCAAAUGUGGGGUUUACGACGUAAGUGUCAUUCCUGCGAUAUCAUGGGAAUUUUCCAUUGACAAUCAGAACCUACGUUUUGUUCUUGAUGAUGUGAAAGUAUGAUUAACACCUCAUGAUGAGAUGAUGUUCCCUGCUAGCUGUAUGUUAUUUUAAGAUAACUGAUAAGCAGAUUCUAUUAUUGUCGCACACCUUGUUCUGGAUGAAUGAGACAUAAAUGACCACUAUUUUAUUUAUACUAAAAAUUAUUAUUCUGUGUUUCUUACAUAAAUUAUGGUGGGUAACAAUCAGACUUUGGGUGUAUAAAAUAUGUGGUAAUUUGUGUGUUCUUGAACUGUGUCACUGUACGUUUAGAAUAUUAGUCUUUAGAUUAGUUUUGUUUUUAAUUCAGGAUUCUUUUUCUUUACGACUUAGAUCUGCUGGGGGUUUCUUUUAGGGGGGUGGGGAUGGGGUUAGGUUGGUAAUGUUUACUACAUUUUUCACAAGACCAGAUCAAUUUAAUCAAUGUUGUACAUACAAAUUUUAGGUUUCUAUACCAAGUAGACCAAAAUGUGUGUGUGCAAUCUCCAGUAUACAGCAAAAUUGACAAAGGAGUGAAGAAAAUAAAGUAUGCAAAAUCCCAGUGUAACAGGAGGUCGGCACAAGCAAGGGUGGGUGAAUAGAGUUACAAGAAUUCCAGAUUCACAGAAUUGCAGUUACCAAUCGUUCCAUAUGCAUUUUUAUUUAUUUAUUUAUUAAAUAAAAUCAUUUAAAAGGAAAGGCUGAAUAUUUAUUUUGCCUGGUAUGCUACAUGCUGUUAUGCACACAUGUGACCAGCAGUCUAACCUGUAGUGGUGAUAUUUUUAGAACAAAAAUGUAAAAGGCCAAUGUGAGGUAAAUGUGAAUUUAUAAUAGGUUAUCUAGAUCAAUGCAUCUUAACCUUUUUUUUUGACAGGGACCUAAUUAUGUACAUGACUCCAUUCUCAGUGACUACCAUAUAUGAUCAUAGAGCCAAGUCCAAACCUAGUCUACAGCAUUUGGUGCUUAUAGCUGUAAAAAAAAAAAAUACCAGCUGCAAAAAAAAAACAAAUAAAAAUUUAAGACUUUUGAAGGAAAAUGCCAAGCACAAUAACCAAUAGAGCACAUUAUAGUUGUUGAUGCACCAGGAGUGCCUUUGCACCUUUGUCAGAUGCCGCUCCAUGCUUUCAUUAAAGCCUACAGGAGAGUCAAAAGCUCCUAAAUUGGCUUGACCAUUUACAGUGGGGAGGGGCACCAGGUCACUCCUGGUACUAUAAUCCUCAAGCUUAAUUUUAACGAUAAUCAUGCUGUAUUGGUUAUUGUGCUUGGAACGUUCCUUUAAAUUAUCUUAAUUGUGUACCUUUCAAGAUUGAGGAGUUCCUUUUAGUGAUAGAUAUGGCUUUAGCUCAAUAUUAAAUUCUCUGCCAUUUAGGAGUUAAAUCAAUUUUAUUUAUGCAGUCCUAGCCAAACCUCCCCUGGCUCUGACACAUGCAGCCUCCCUGCACACUGUCUAAAAAAGGAAAAAACCAAAAAAAAAACGUUUUCGCUUCCCUUGCACAUUGUUUUGAUUUUAGAAUUUAUCUCCUUUUUAAUAGCAUGCUGCAUCCUGUGUGUGAUAAAAGUUAAAUUAAGAGAGCAGGAGUGCUAAAGUAAACACACUGUGCUGUAAGAUCUCAUUAAAAAUUAAAACCAUUUUUCUUUAUUCAUGAAGGCUAUGUGGGUCACAGCCGGAAAACUAGACAAGGGCUACAUAAACAAACAAAAAAAAAAAAGCGAUGUAACAUAUUUAUCAGAAAAGUGAAGACUGCAGGGUCUCAAUCUAUACACCAAAACGGCUUCAUUAAGCUAGAGUUGUAUCUUUGCUUAGAGUGUCCCAUUCAUUUUGUAGCCCGUCACUGCACUUUGUAUUUUUCCAAAUAUAAGGGUUUAAAUCAAGUGCCUAUGCUGUGGUACCAUUGUUUUAUAAAAAUGCAAAAUUAUAUUUUCAUCAUGUAAUUAAUUUGCCUUUUUUUGCAUGACAAUACCUUAUGGACCUGCUGACAGACUGCUGCCAAGCCUGUUGUCUAUAAGUAUUCCCAAGCCCUUCUCAUACUGUUUACCUAAUUUAAUACAAUUAGGGUAUAAUUUGCUUGUGUGUUCAUUAUCACAAAAUGCAUUAUCUACAUUAGUUCCCUCAUGUUUUUCAAAUUUCAGAAUUUUAAAUCCCUCUCACACUGAUACUCUGCUCACACUGUUUUACCUGUAUUUUAAGUAGUUGCUUAUGACUUUUGAUGCCCUUUGCAAUAUAAUUAAUAAACAAAAGAGAAGACCCAGAAUUACUACUCUAUCCACUCUAUCUUUUAGCCAGUGGGCAAGACAAGAACAAGAAUUUCUAUCUAAAUUAAAUUUCUUGCAAUUUUUACAGUAGCCGCAAACUCUAAAACCCUUAUUUCUACUUCUACUGACUUAUUCAUAGAAUGCUAGUUUGUUUUAUGAUAUGCAAAUAAUGUCAAAAUAUGCUGACUCCUACAAAUGUGUGUGCACAAUUAAUUCCUCAAUAUUGUCAGAAACUUUUUAAAUUUUUUUAUUAUUUAUUUUAACCACAGAUGUUUUGAUUUCCUAAGGUUUUUAAUUUAGUAUGGAGUGUGGACAUCUGUAGUGGAGUUGUUUUUUGCAAUCCAUUUUGAUUAAUUGGCCUCAUUAUGAGCUCAGGAGUUUUUGUAAACAGUAAUGUCUUGAUUGUCAUUGAUAGAAAACCAUUGACGAUUUUUAACUACUUGACGACCACAUGACAAUCUAUGUCAUCGUCCAGGGCUUUAACGUCCGGUUAAACAGAUGAGCUGUGUGUAGCAAUCUAGGUGAGCGAUGUACAUUGCCCUUUAAAUCCUUUUAUAUAUAAAUAUAUUUUCAUAAAAUGCAUAUCUACGUAUUUGAUGCUUUGCCUGUUGUGGCGGUAUACCCUCUCGAGGAUGGGUUACUACCGCCUGUGGUCGUCCCUUCCUAGUUGUGCCCAGCCCUAGAGUGAUUAGAGAGGCUAGUCAAUGAUUAUAGUCACUUGCAGGAGGGCAAUCGUGGUAUCACCCAAACACUAGUCGAGACCUCGUGACGAGUGAAAUAGAACUGUUUAUUUCAGGCAAGAUACACAGUAUUUAUGCACAGACCCCCAGCAGGGAGUUUCCAUUCAAAGUAACAUGACGCUGUGUCUGGGAGAUAAUGAUAUCUCCCGGACACAGGAAGCCGAACACUCCAACACCACAAAAAUACAUACAAUAACGCAUCCCCACAUGACAUACAUCCCCAAAUAGCUCCUGGUCCCAGCUAUAAUCCCUGCAAAUAGCGUAGCUAAUAGAUGUACAGAGCCCGGGAAAUUGUUGUACAAGGUCUGGGCUUGAAGCUCUGUACAUCCCCAGAAAUAGCUCCACAGAAUCACUUGGUUUCGGUCGUUGAUUCAAAUUUCGCACCUAAACCAAGAAGUGGCCAAUCAGGAGAAAGGGCGCAAACCAAUUUGCACCAAUCAGCGCUCAGGGAGGGAGGUGUUUCGCCUGGCAAUCGGGAGAAAGGGCGCAAAACCAGUUUAAAUGGUAGCCCUUUUCCUAUUGGCCGACACGGACUUCCAGGCAGUCAGCAAUCUCUGCGGCCGUGAAGCCGACUCAUAGUUCCAGGGAGUCUGGUGGGGUUAGCGUCUCUCUCCGGUGGAUAUCUCCAUGUAGGUAGCACCGAAGACAGCGCUCUUUGGGCAGCCACGAGCCUGGACUUGUAGUUCCUGGGUUGGGAGCCCCUGCAGUGGCUGUCUGCCUUGCGGACCGUCCGGGUGCAGACAUGAGUGUUUAUGGCUCCUUUAGGAGCAGGUAGGGCGAUACCUGAAACAAUGCAGGGCAAGCAAGAUGGCAUUCAGUGACGGCAUGACCUGUUAUAUCUGGACAUAUGCAAUAGAAAUGUUAUUCAAUUUCUAACUGGCCAAAAAGGUUGAAUAAUUUCAAGAGGAAUUGAGCAGUGAUGUGCAUGAAAAGCUACUUUUGAAUAGGCAAAAUUUAUUAAAUGUAUACUUUCUGCAUAUGGUGCUCAACAAGGUGCUGGAAACCACCAUGAAUGUUGUGUUGGCACAUUAUUUGGAUGAUGUCUUGACAAUGGUCUGUACUGGCCCCGAAUAUAUUUGUAUAAUGUUAUCUUAUUCCCUGUUGUGUCAUCUGCAAACACGGAAACAUGGCUUUUAAUGCCCAUUUGAAGAUAAUUUAUAAACAUGCUAAAAAGAAGCGGUCCUAAAACAGAACCCUGAGGGACACCACUUACCAUUUUUGUCCAGCCUGAAAAUUUACCAUUAAUGUCAACUCGUUGUACUCUAUCCUUAAGCCAAUGUUCUACCCAAGAACAAGAAUAAUCAUCUAAACCAAUUUCUUUUAAUUUGAAGACUAACCUAUUGUGAGGAACCAUAUCAAAUGCCUUGAUAAAAUCCAAGUAGAUCAUAUCCACUGCAACACCCUGAUCUAAACUUCUACUUACUUCUUUGUAGAAUGCAAUUAGGUUAGUUUGACAUGACCUAUGUUUCAUUAAACCAUGCUGAUUAUUGCUAAUAAGUUCUUCCCAAUGAAUUCCUGAAUAUUAUCCCUUAAUAGCCCUUCUAAUAUUUUCCCAGUCACAGAAGUUAAGUUAACGACACCUGCCUUCCUACAAUCCUCUGGUACAAUACCUGAAACAAAAGAAUCUUGAAAACGUAUUCACUUAUUUCCCUUCUUAGCUCCCUAAGUACUCGUGGGUGAAUACCGUCAGGCCCCGGAGCUUUAGCACCUUGUCUCGAGUUAUCCAAUCACAAAUUAUCUGCAAGUUGUUUGUAGCAAUCAUUUGCAUAUCGCUUUCCAUAGGAUCCUCAUUAAUAUAUACUGAAGAAAAAUAGUUAUUCAAAAUGUCUGCCUUUUCCUGAUCUUCAUUAACUAACAAACCAAUCGCUGUUUCCAGUGUACCUACACUUUCAUUUUUUUAUUUUUUUAGAGUUGAUGUAUUUGAAAACAUUUUGGAGGUUGUUUUUGCAUUCUUUGGCUAUCAAUUUCUCAUUUUCUAGUUUAGCCACUUUUAUUGCCUUUUUGCAAGCAUUAUUGGCUUCCUUAUAUCUUAUAUAGGAUGCCUCUGAUUUGUCCACUUUAAAUGCUUUAAAUGCCUCUUUCUUAUUUUUAAUCUCUUGUUUUACUUCUCUACUAAGUCACAUUGGUUUCAAUUUGUUUCUUUUAUAUUUAUUACCCAAUGGUACAUACUGAGAAAUGUACCUUUCUAAUAUUUGUUUGAAUAGUUUCCAUUUAUCCUCAGUGUUUUUUUCACUAAGGUGUUUAUGCCAGUCGAUAUGUUGUAGAGCUGCCCUAAUCUUAUUGAAAUUAGCUUUUUUAAAAUUAUACGUUUUAGUAUACCCCACCUGCUUUUGCUUUUUUGAGUUUAUUUUUAAAAAUUACCAUAUUGUGAUCAAUAUUUCCCAAAUUCUUCUCCCCUUCUUGAAUUUUGGUCAAAAGAUCAUAGGCUUUUAAGGAGGCAAGUGUCUUAUAGUGGUUUUUAUGGCACUUCUUCAGAAUUUUUUCCAUACUCGAUUCAGCCAGGUUUUGUUAUCGGCAAUUACACACAAAGUGACCAACUGAGUGCCUUAAAUUGAGUUCCAAACCAUAAUUCAGUGGUGUUUAGCAAUGUAGUGAACAGUCGGGAGACCAGAGGUCAGUCUAUUGAAGGUGUCUCUAGGUUUCCAGCUUGGCUCUGAUCUCUUAUCUCACAAACAUCUGAUUCGUCUCCAUGGGAUUCAAACCUUUUCACUUAAAUGUGGCUCACAUUUGCAGACCUGUUUGCCUGAUUAAUCUUCUUUACAGUUUAAAUGUACCUUUCAGGGUCUUCAUGCACCCCUCUUCUUUGAACAUAAGCUUUAUUUGUGUAUUCGGUUUCUUUCCUCUAAAGCAGUUUUUCUAUUUGAAAUCUUCAUGCUACUUGUUCUUAUUGGAAUUGUUUGCAUUGUUACCUCUUUCCUGAUGUUCAACCAGGAUAUGGCCGUUUUAUGUACAUUUUAAUCAGUCCAUCAAGGGGAAACUGGUGUUUGCUGUGUUCCUUGUUUUAGCUACUGUGUUGGAAAUAAUAGGACUAUUCGAAAAUGCAACAUAUUCAAUGGACAUUUUUUUCAGAGCAGUUACAAGUAACAAGUUAGUUCAAAAAGCAUAAGCUCUGAUUUAGGCCUGGGGAUUUAAGUUGAUAAUUCAGCAGGGUUUUUAUCCUUAUGUAAAAGGUAAUUUGUUAAAGGAUCACUGUCUGUUCUUUUUGUCUGUGAACGUAGCUACUUUCUGGGCUAUGGUGGUGAUUUGCAAGGUAGCCGUUUGUUCUAAACUGCAGACAUUUUCAAAAUUAUUUUUGUUUUGGUGUUUUUCUAUCAGCUCUUCUUUAGCAAGUUGUCCAGCAGGCCUUUGUUCCCAUAAGCAUUGCAUUUUAAAAAAAAUUUUGUUUAUCCAUUGCGGUUCCUCAUCUUGGGAUACAUGUUUCCCAAUUGGAAUACCUCCGGCGCCUGUCUCCACGUCAAGAGGAAAAAUUGAAUUCGGGUUAGCCAAAUAAACAAUGUUUGCAUCCAUAUUAAAGGCAUUGCAACAAUAGGGAUAUCACUAUUUCUUGCUGCAAUAAGCAGGCACAACUGUAUUUAAAAAAAUAAAUAAAAAAAUAGUUUUUUAAAAAGGUUAAACCCCUAUAUAAAAGUACCAAAAAUCCACAAUGCCCUUGUUGUCUGCCUGUCUUAGGCAGUGUAGGUAGGCAGAACUUUUAUUUUCCAAUUCAGGUGAGGCGGCUGCAGACUGUGAGGGCUCCGCUUGUCUGUAGAGCAGCUCUGCAUGUGGGCCUGGCUCUUCCCUUUUCGAGCUCAAGAAUACAUGCCAGGCACCUUCAUUCCACGCUUUUAUUACUUUUACCCACUCCGUGCUGAGUGCAGGAAGUGACGUGAGUGUGCAUUGCUGGGAGGUUCGUCAGGUGAAAUGGGCGUAGUUGUUGCGAUGUGUUCCACCUUCACGCAUGCACAGUGCAAUCACAGUGCAUGGGUGUCAAAUUCAAACAUAUUCUAGGUGUUUAGAUUCACUCAGACAACAUCACUACAGUGGCCUACAUCAACAAGCAAGGUGGAACGUGUUUUACUUCUCUGGAGAACUUUUGCUACUAACCUAUCCUUAUCUAUCAUUCAUUUGGAUAAGGUUAUGUUAAAGCUGCACCCUUCCCCCUCUCCCUCUCUUCCCUAGAAUCCACAGAAUGAGAAGGAAAAUAAAUUACAUUAUUUGGAUGUCAAAUAACUCUUCUCUUACCUGAAAAGGACAAAGCAAUUCAGAUGCUCAGAGCUGUUUGUCCUCUACCAGGGCCAAAAUAAAGUAUUUAUGGCCUCCUAAGGAUCCUUGGCCAGAUGGAUAAAAGAAGCACUAUCCCUGGCCGUCUCCUCUGCUUCAAAUUAAAGCACAGUCCAGUGCAGCAGCGUCAACUGCCUUUGCUACCCGGUUCAGAUAUGCAAAGUUGUCACAUGGUCCUUAAUCCACAUCUUUGCAAGACAUUACAGAAUAGACUUACAGGCCUCUGAGGAUACUCUCUAUGGGCGGAAGGUGCUUAAAGUGUAGUGAAGUUAUCCCGCCCUUUAGGAUUGCUUGUUCUUCCCUGUUGAACUGCCUCCAAUCUGGAGAGAAAAUAAUUUUUACUUACCAUACAUUUAUUUUUCUUUAUGAAUAGAGGCAGUGAAUCUCUAAUUUCCUCCCGUAUUUAAUAAUUUUUUUAUUUUCUUUACAUGAGCUUGGCUUUGAAUUUUAUAGUGAGGAGGAGGGGCUUAAAAAAAUUUCUGCCUACCUAUUUUUCUGCUAGAAAUUGUGAUAUGCCCAUUGUAGCACUGCCUCUAAUUUAAAGGCAAAAAAACAACAAUAAUAAGUAGAAUGUUGUCUUUCCUAUGUAAGUAGAUGGACUGCAGUGCCCCACUUACCCUAAAAAUGAGCAGUCACAACAGUAUUGUUAAGCAAUGUAGGGACAUGUAUAUCAUGGCACUCAAGAUGUACACUGGCAGGUCUUGUAGGAGGUGGCUUUAUUACAUUUCCGAAUUAAUCUGCCCUUGCAGCAACCAUGCCAAUGCUUAACAUUAUGCAACCAUCAAUUCAGAAGGAUUCAAAAUGGCACCCACUACAAAGCCCUUUUAUGAUUUGAGAAAGGUUGCUAUUAGGAAGUUCAAAGAGCUGGACGCAGUGUGUAUCCGACAACUAUUUACUGUUUGUGAAGCAUGUUGGCUUUGCCAUCAGCAGGUACGUUUAUGACCACAUUGCAGCCAUUACCCAUUUUGAAGAUGCCAAACUUAUAGUUUACUACUGGGUAUUCUUAUUUGGCCUGCAUGGAUCUCAAACCAGUACAGAAAAUGCCUACUUUUAAUGCAGGUCACAAUCUGCGUCUGGACAGACUAAAGAGAAUGAGGAUAUAUUGGCACCUUGCUAACUCUUGUAAACACCAGGACUAUAGCAAGAAGAAGAAAACAUGUACGUGCAUCCAUUUCUUCUCUAUCAGCCACUUCCAUUCCUACUACACCACCCCUGUUUUCUGUUGCAGCCUUCCCUACAUCGCCACUUGUUUACAAAUUUUAAAAUGCAACAGCGAUAAACUUUACUCCGUCACAUUACCUCCAAAUUGAAUUCUUGCCACAAAUGUUGUCAUUGCUUAAACUGCCUCAGCUCUAGCUCUCCACCAGCUUCUUAAAUCAUACUAUCUGACAUCUUGCUCUGUUGCCAUGUGCUGCAGACACCACAUUAACUUCUUUAACAGAACCUGUAACUGCACAGGCCCUACUGUGCUGAAUGUCCACCAUGCCCACCAAUAAUGCUUAACUACUCUGCCACUCCUAACCACCAGAAGAAGAAAAACUGCUCUGGCUCACUUUUUUUUCCCUGCAAUAAAAUCAAUUGAACUUUUUUUUUGUUUUUAUUUUUGUCUCUGUCCUUGCUUUCAACAGCUAGUUAAUCGGUUGACAAUUUAUUCAGAGCAUUAAUGGUAACCAUAUAUAGGGUGUGAUGGAAACACAAGAGUGUUUAUAACACUUAAAUGUGAAAUUUUCUUGAGUAAGUCUGUAACCGUACCUGGAUGUAUCCCAGCUAUAAGAACCGUAUCUGAGCGUUCAUACGUUUUCACUCCACACAUUUUGCAGAAUAAAACCUGAGAUAGUAAAGGAUCAAUAUUGGCAUCGAUUUUGUGCAUUAUGGGUUUUGACCUCCUAGUCACGGUGUGCUUUUCUUGUUUGUUUUUUCCUUGUUCAAAUCUCUUCAGUUUCAUUUGGGGCGGUAGGGUAGGGGGGAAAGUUUUGCAGCUUUAUGCAGCACAACCCUGUACUUUUAGCCACACUCUUUCUUUUCACAAAGUAGACAUAUUCUGAGUACAUACACAGCUCAGCCUAUGAGAAAUCAUCAUGAACUGAGGAGCUCCACCCCGCAUCCAAUCACUGUCCAUUUAUUAGCUGUAUUGUAUUUUAAAGCUGUAAAAAGGGUACAAAUAAAUAGAUAAUAAUAAUUGGCUACAGGGAAGCCCAGCUUAUGGAGACAUACCUAAAAUACAUCUAAUGAGGAAGUUGUUCUGUUCUUUGUGAAAAGAGGCACAAAAUAUUUUUUGGGGGGGAGGAGAGUGGUUUUGGACAAAUUAUUAGAAGAGCCAAUUGAAUGCCAACAUUUUACCAGCACUGUACACUGUCAGAGCUAAACUUUAGUUGGAGAAACACAGUUUUCCCUCUAUACUGUUUAGCUGAGCUCCUUGACAGAUCAGAGCUGCAACUGCUUUUUGUGUCUGAUAACAAAUUGGGAACAAGACUGGUGCCUGGUCAUAUAGUAUAAUCAGCCACACAGGGGGUUAUUGAGGUUACCAUCUGGGUUGGCUUGGACCAUGUGAGUACCCCUCACAGCCAUCCUAGCACUUGGUGAUGUAAGUAAUGAUGUUGUGUGGAUGCAUUGCCAAAGUUACUUGCUUGCAUCCAAACUGAAGGAUAUUCCAUGCUGUUGUAUGACACUAGCAGUGAUCGUUUACAGCUAUGAUGUAAUUUGAAUCUUAUCAUGCAGCUAUAUAUUUUUUUAAUGUUGGUAGACUAUUUUUCCCCCCCACAUAUUUCAAAUAUACAGUGCCUUUUUUCUCUCUGCUUCCAUGUUGUGUUUUUAUUUUAUUUUAUUUUUUUGGUGUUAACUUUGCAUUUUUCUUUUCUGCACCAGAUCAAGUGCAUUGCCAUUUUAAGAAGUAUGAAGUGGAGUAUCUACAAUUUGCAUUUCGUUGGAUGAACAACCUUCUUAUGAGAGAGCUUCCAUUGCGUUGUACAAUCAGACUCUGGGACACGUACCAGGUAGACAGCAACAUAUUAUUUUCUUAAAGGAGAAGCUCUACCAAUAUCUGAAAAGUAAAGCCAUUAUUUUGGGUGCCAC